GGCACUCUGAAGCUAUUGGCUCCUCUCUGGGGAGCGGAGGGUGUUCAGUUAUUAAUGAUAGCUGAGCAGGCAGUACCAUGUCAGUGUGACAACUGAUCGGGUGAAUGAUGCAGCCCUAACCACCAGGACCACCACAGAAAGGAGGGGAAAAACAGGCUACACAAGCAACGUCUCUGUAUUGGAUUGUCAGCAUCAGCCAGAGAGAGACAAAGCACUGGCACACAUAAAGGAUCUUAGCAGGCAAGCAGCCCCAUUCAUGCUGUUGGAUAUAUGCAUAAAUAGAACAAAAAAAGGACUAUACGUGUAUCUUUUCACAUCCUGGUGUUUCGUACAUUGUAACCAGAACUAAGGAAUGUACAAUAUUCUAUAGAAGACACUAGGAAGGCAAGCUUAGUAGGUAAGUUGAAUUCGAAAUUCUAACAGUCUACUCUAUUGCAUGCUUUCCUGUUGUCUUUUUUUGCAUAUUAUUUUCUUGUUUGCACACUUUAACUGCUUUGCAUUUAGCAAAAAACACCAACGUUCUAAAGAACUGUGUGUGCUAUAUCAUAGCCCAGCUUCAAAAGAACUCGAAAAAGAGGACAGAAAAAAAAUAUAUCUGUGUUUCUAUGUCAUAACAAAUUAAAAAUAUAUAUAUAUGACAUCUAAUCUGUAAGCAAUGAAGCGACGUAUUAAAUAGGAAGGCUUUUGAAAAUGUCAGUGUAUUCAGCGGUAUAAAAAGGCAGAGAUCAGGGACCUUGAAUGAGCAUAUCACACACAGUUAUUGGAUUUCUGCCAGGCUACAUCUUAGGAAUUGUGCUUAAUGACUUCCCUUAAAACAUAUCCUCUUGCCCAUCUGAAAAGACAGUGUGAAUGCCUGUUUGCUAAUGCAGUUGGAACUGACGCAUGCUAGAUAGAAGUAGGGGAAAAAAAUGGAUUUACAUUAACUAAAGAAGCUCUAAUCUCCUUAAGCAAUUAGCAGCCUCACUGUUACAUAGAACUAGGAGGAUAUGUUUAAUGAUAUCAUCCAGUACCUUGAAAAUAAACUGUUACUAUAAUUCUAUACCUAUAUGUCAAGGCGUCCCGUUAAAAAAGAGGCUGAAUUACCAAACGUUAUGAUUAGAACUGUGUUAUUGAGCCUCUUUGUGUUAUUUAUUUAAACACGCGCACACACACACACAUAUAUAUAUAUAUAUAAUAUAAUAGAACAUAAUAUAUAUAUAUAUAUAUAUAUAUAUAUACAUAUAUAUAACAAUGUAUCUGAAUAGGUAUGCAUUCGUAUGUAUUUGUUAGUGGAGAUAGAAUUAGAAAGAAUCACAGAUCUCGUCCAAAUGUUUGGUAAUUCAGUCUCUUUUUUUUUUUUAUGGGACAUGUUGAGAUUCCCUCCAGCAGUUAAGGGUUAAAAAAAGACAACACAAGACCCUUAAAGUCAAAUGCACCCUUGGGAAAUGCAGCAUGCUUGGAGGUAGGAUUACUUGAAUUGCACAUUGAGCUUUCCUUUAAGGCAAACACUGACAUGAAACCAUGUCUACAAUAAUUGAUAAAUAUUUAAGAGCUGAAAACUUAUCUAGAAGUGGGAAAUGAAACAAUGUAUAUGGAUAUAUCUUUGUUUUUUUUUGUUUUGUUUUAAUUUGGAGUUAAAUACCCAUGAGGAUGACAACUGACUAGCACUAUAUGACUUCUAGCACAAACCACAAGUCCAAAAUGUGGUUUCCUGUGCUGUUUUGUGCCAUAUGAUAUUACAUUAGCCCAUUCCAUUCCUUUUAUCUCCUUCCCGAAUUUGGAGUGACCCUACAUAUGCUCAUGUGUCUAUAGCUGUCCAUUAGAAGUUAUUAUUACUCAUAGCUUAACCUUGCUAAGUAAAAAGAGAAUAAAAGAGAAUUCUCACCCACGCAUAGUAAUUUUACUCCAAAUCCAUCAGUGUGUGAUGGCAUACAGUGUGUAUGGACUGAACAAUGCACCUGAUGUUUGCAGUUAAUAAUAUGCCAAAGCAUGAAAUUUGCAGCUAAUCCUAUAAUGCUGUAGCAGUCUGUAGUACAUUGCUUCUGCCUAAGCUCAGGCUCUUCAGCUGUGUAAUAAUUAACCCUUUCAACGACAGUGGAACACUACCCCCGCCGGCACGUUCUUUUGUUUGACCCUAUUAGUAAUGUAUGACAAAAGAAGGAAAAUCUUAUCCCAUUUGGUACUCAAGGGAUUUAAUUAUUAAGUAAAUCAAAAGAAAACAUUUUCAUAUACCACAUGGAUAGAAGACAUACAGAAAAUUAACCUAGAGGUCUAAUAUUACACCAUUAACAGUUGCCAAGAAACUGAUUAUUUUUUUCAGUGCUGACAUAGAUAAAAUAUUCCUUGUUUUUUUAAUACAAUUAUACAAAUAUCGAAUUCCCCCUUAAUGUAUUAAUAAUAUGUGUACUGCUCCCUUAUACCGCCCACAUUUUUAAUGGAGCUCCCUACAUUAUUAUUGUUAUUAUUUUAUUAUUUAUAUAGUGCCAGCAUAUUCUGUAGCGUUGUACAAUGGGUGGAAUAUAGGUGCUUUUUAAAAUAAUGAAUGAAAUUCUUCCACAAAUAACAAAUCAAAUCUCAAAACAUUGUUUUACAAGUGAUUGUUAAGCCUAAAAGCCCAAAAUGUGUAUGCCUUACAAUUACCAGGAUGCUUGGCCAGCUUAGCUGAGAAUGAUGGGUUAUAUAGUUUGAACACAUGUAGCUUUCUAAAGGUUAGCAUCACUAAGAUACACAAACUGAGUAAGCUGUUUACACAUUCACACAGGUAAACAAUAUUUUCUCUCGAUUGUGUCUCUCUACUUUGGAAUGAGGCAACUAAGGAAGUGAUAUAUGUUAGUUUAUUGAUUGAGUUGGGAUUGGAUGACACAAUUUAAUCAGAAUCUGGACGUAUGCCACAGAGAGGAUGGAAUACUAAAUAAGAAUUAUGUUGCAUAGCUAUUUCCAGUUUCUUGCAAAGGCAGAAAGCACCUGGGGAAGGGGCGUCUCAUGAUUUUGGCACUAUAUCAAUAGCGUUGAGCUUCUGUGAUACAUAUAGCACCUGUAUAUAUCAUAUUGCCAAUAUGGGCUAGAAAUGAUGUAUGGGAAAUAUAAACACAAUUUGAAGUGGUUUAUACAGUAACCAAGAACAAUCACUGCAGGCCUGCCCUGAAUUAGCAAGACUCCCGUGACACUGAAUUAAAGCGUUUUGAUUUAUGACUGCAGGCAGAAGUGAGCAAUCAUUCAUUUUAUGUGUGACGUCGCAAAAAUAAAUAUAUAAAUAAAGUAGCUUUAAAAUAAAAAUAGAGGUGAUCAAUUCUUCUCUAGCAAUAGUGUUGUGAAAUGGAAUUGGCAGUGUUUCUGCUAAAGCAAAGAGACAGAGGAUUUGAAUGUUUGUUCAGACAUUUUAGUGCUAAAUUGUAGUAAUGUGAGUAAAUACAAUUUGUCAGCAUCUGGAAGUGUUAACAAUUUUCACAAAUUAAAUGCUAUAGCUCAGUGCAUCAUAAAGAACAUUUUAAGUGUGCUUUAGCAUUAUCUAUUUGAACAUUAUAUUAAGAUAUUUUCUCUCUACCACCAGUUUUGAAAACAUUUAAAAAGGAAAUAAUGCAUCAAUUAGAUGUACUAUGUUGUAAAAAUGUUAUUAUGCUCAAAAUGUGAUUCACUCUAUUUCCAAACCAUUUGUUUUAUCCAUCAACUUAAGAUUUGUGAAGAAUUGACAAGUGCAUUGUGAAUUUUAAGUCACUAUAGAUAAAUUGGAGAAAAUAAUAAAUUUCAGUUAUUUUCCAGCUUGGCUCGAUUGACUUAACAUUUGAAUUUCCAUAUAAAAAGAAAUCCAUAGUCACCAAACAACUUUAGCUUCAAUAAACAGUUGUGCUGUAUAGAUCACGCCCCUGUAGUCUUACUGCCCAAUUGUCUGCCAUUUAAGAGUUAAAUCAUUGUGCUUAUGCAGCCCUAGUCACACCUACCUGCAUGUGAUUUACACAGCCUUCCUUAACACUUCCUGUAAAAAGUCAUCUAAUGUUUACACUUCCUUUAUUGCAAAUUCUGUUUAUUUUAGAAUUUUUUAUCUCCUGCUCUAUCAAUAGCUUGCUAGACCUAAUAGGAGUCUUCUGUAGGUGGUUAAUGCUCAGUUUAAAAAUAAAAAAAAUUAAAACUUUCAAGGUAAGUUACAUCUGAUUGAAAAUGAAACAUUUCUGGUUUCAUGCAGGCUGUGCAAGCAACAGCCAGGAGAGGUGUGGCUAGGGCUGCAUAAACAGAAACAAAAACAAUUCAACUCCUAUAUGGCGGUGGAUUUAGCAGUGAAACUUCAGAGGCAUGAUCUAUACACCAAAACUAUUUCAUUAAGCUAAAGUUGUUGUUUAGGUGAUUAUAGUGCCCAUUUAAGUUCCUGCUUUAGUGAAUACAUUGUUUAGCACUUGUUUUUUUAAAUAUAUCGACCAUGCAUAAAAGACGAGAAUUACUUCAUUGUUAAUACAAUUUUAUCUCUACUGAUAAGCAUAUACAUCAAGUAACACUUUAAGCACCACAACCACUAAAGUAUGAUGUAGUUGUUAUGGUGCCUAUAGUGCUCUGGUGCUCUCACAAUAUAAGUAGUGACACUGUUUACUAAUGAUUUAACAACUUACCUGAUAUCCACCAUGCUCAGCCAUUUUCUCCAUUGAGAGCUGCUUGUUCCAGCUGGGCUUGCUCAGAGCGUAGAACUUCCAUCUCCAAAUGGAGGAGCUGACUGGCAGCUGGUGGUCCACACAUAAGGUGUUAAAUCAAUAGCAAACUGUUUUAUUGGUGCCUGGGAACUCAAUGAACUAUUAAUAACAUAAAAAGGGAAAUCACACAAAAUAUAUACAAAUUUCACCCUCUUAGAUCUCUGUGGGAUCAUGGUAACUGAAAAAGUUACCAUGAUCCCAAAAAGUUACCAUGACCGCUAUAGAGCACUGUACUGUUUAUGGUACUUAUAGUGUCCCUUUUAAAUCUUUUUUGUAUUUGUAUUUUUGUAUUUGUAUUGCCAUUUGCCUGUAAACUAUAGGAAGAGAGGUAAAAAUGACAAGUACCGCUGACUUAGCAGAUACAUAUGCCCCCACCUACCACAGACCGCUAACAAUAGUGUUCACGUGUUCCUUAUUGUGCGACUGCAGUUGUGAGCAGAUGUGCUUGGGUAGAUUCACAUGUAUCCACUCACAUCCAGUGUGGCGGCUAUGUUGAAAAACAUCUCAAGAGAAUAUCUUUUAAGAUGUAUUUUUUCUGAAGAAUUCAGCAGCCCAGUAAUAUAGAUAAUAUGUUUACAAACCUGACUUAUUAUUUAUACUCUUUAAGAAUAAGAAGUCCAUUACAAGCCACUUGUAGCAGCUGCAUACCAUAUAAAGCAUUUUCUUUUGAAUGAACGAGUAUUUUCUUACACAAUACUAUUUCAUGCAUUUGAAGGAUAUUGUCAUCUAUAUGAUAUAUUUAUUUUCAGUGAAGUUAGAAACUGGUUAGAAGGAUGUAUUUAAAGGGCAUUCUAAUCUCCAUAACUACUACAACUCUUUAUAGUGGAUAUGGUAAAAACAGUCUGUGGGUGUCAUCCAAAGCUCCCAAAUGUUUUGGCAAAACACGGGGCUCUCCCAGCACCCACAUACUGCACCCUCCUCAGCUCCAUGGACAAUGGAGAAUUCAUACUGCAUACAUGCAUUAUCCAUGGCAAUACAGUCCCAUUGCCCUGAAAUGCACAGAACAUUGGCUAUUGUGUUAUGAGUCUAUGGACACCUUACUCCACUUUAUUUCCUUACCAAUUUGGAGUGGUUUGAUAAAAAAGGACCCACCCAGCACCCACUCUAUCUGAUAUAAUAAUAUCUGUUAGAAUCUAUCCAAACUUGGGUGGCUAAAUUUAGAUGUAUAUUUUUGCAUUAUGUAUGUGGAUGCUGACAUUUUUUUUGUGGAACAGUACUCAGAUAAUUUAACAGAAAACUGAAGUUAAGCUAGAUGGGAAAAAAAAAUAAUUAUUCCCAAUAGAAAAUGGGGCAUGGGAGAAAGAACUGAAACUGCCUAUCUUCUGCACUAAAUAUAGUGAUCAGUUCAAUUCAGUGGUAAAUAUUGGAUGUAAACACCUCCCCAUUCUUAAGAUAGUCUUCUACAGAGAGUUAUGUAGGUCGGAGUUUAGAAGUAGUGCUAGGGGACUUGCAGCUUAAAUGAUCGUGGCCUAGCUGCACAGAUAUGUACAAAUGUGGAGCCAAUAGAUGUAGUUGUUGCCAAUAUGUGGACAGGUAUAAUAAAAUCACUUUUACUUCCUCGAUUACUGGGAGAAAGUUUGAAAUUACAUAAUUUACUAAAUAAUCUAAACCCUUUUUUUUUUUUUUAGAUUACAGGUGGUCUUCGUUUUCCGAUCUACCUGUUUUACGACUGAUCUCACUGACAACCAGCUCUCUAGCAUGGGGAUUUGAGGGAUGCCCUAUGUUAGAGAGCUGGUCUGUGUUCAGUGAAUUUUCCCUGUACAUAGAUUUCAGAGUUUCCCUGCGCUAGUGAGCUAAACUAUGUUCCGAGAAGCUUCCCCCAAACGUAGACCUGCUCUCUUGCGCAUGCUCGCUAGCUCACUUACCGAUCAAUUCUUUUUAUGACAGAGUGGUAAGAACAGAACCCAGUUGGUUAGUGAGGACUGCCAGUUAUUAGAAUACCUAUGUCCUAAGAAGUAUCUACACAUUUUAUAAACUCUCAUAGUUGAACUAGGACAUAAUUGGAGACAUGGAUACUGGGUGGAUUAAGCAGUCCUUUGACUUAAAUGAACAUUAUAGUGCCAGGAAUUCAAACAUAUUCCUGAUACCUUAGUUGUAAAAGUCAUGUUUAGGGGCCUGUUUCCUGUGUUAGUGGAGUAACGGCUGAACUCUCCCUAGCUCCGCCUCCUUGGCUGAGAUAAUUAAAUAUGAUUAUCUGAGCCAGUCCAAUCCUUUCCCACAGGAAAGCAUUGAAAGGCUAUUGCCAGGCUAUUGCAUUGGCCAAUCAGCAUCUUCUCAUAGAGAUUCAUUUAAUUAAUGCAUUUCUGCAAAGAAUGUUCAGUGCCUCCAUGCAGAGCAUGGAGACGUUGAAUGCCAGUGUUGUACAUGGCGUCGGACUGAUACAGGAACGCUGUCUGAAUGACUGACAUUAAAGGUGUUACUAGGCAGUAAUGUAAACACUUUUUAUUUUAUUUGAAAAAAGUGUACAGGGAUAUACUAUACACCAGUGUUCCUUAACCCUCUCCUCAAGGCACACCUAACAGUCCAGGAUUUAGGGAUUACUGGGUGUGACUUUUACAACUAAGGUAUCAGUUGAGGAACAUUGAUAUACACACCAGAGCAACUACAUUAAGCUGCAGUUGUUCUGCUGACUAUAGUGUCCCUUUAAGGUAAAUGCAACUAUGUUUUGUGACAUGUAACUUUAUUAUUUUCAAUGAUUCAUUGUAACGUUUAUUUGGUCACUUUAGGAUUAGACUCAUACAAUUUUGCAGUGCACUCUUUUAGGUUUAACACUUUAAGAUCUUGUAGUUGGGCGCUACUGGGUUUAUUUUGCCCCGUUUUUCAACUAGUGUUGUCUGACAACAUAUGAGUUAAUCUGAAGUUGUUGAUUAUUAAUUUAUUACCCCAGUUUUUAUUUAUUUUUUUGGGGGGGUUAGGCAAAACUGUAGAUAUUUUGAAUAGCACUGUGGCAUUUUAUUAAUUAUGGUUAUGUGCUUUUUGGACAGUUUUUUCUGAAUUUCAGAGGGAGAGAGUUUACUGUAAGUGCGGAGGUUGACCAUGCGAAUUUUAAAAUUUAAAAUGGGAUAUGCUUUAUCAUGAAUGUAUCACAUGGUCAAAUAUUCCAACUUUUAAUAGCAACAGUGCAAUUCUUUGCAAUAAUAUUGGUGGUGGUGUUAUUAGGUUAAAUUAAAAAGGAGUAUUUUAAAUCUCCAGGCACUUAAGGAUAAUAUUUACGUGCACUUAACCUGGUUAUGGGAACACUUUCAAUUUAUUUAAAGUGGCAGUGUUCCACUUGUCUUCAUUAAAUGUGAAUUCGUCUUUUAUUCCCUCUGCUGAUGGAACAGGAACAAUGAAAAGGUACUAUUUCUUUUCUUUUCAAUUUGGCAGGGAGAAAGUAUCCACCCUCACCUUGUCUUUUUAAACACAGUGGUUGUUAAGUUUUUUUAUGUCCUCAGCCGGACGCGAAACAUGUUCAGUGUUUUUCUAAGCUUUUAUUUAUUUAUUUAUUUUUGCCCUUCAACCUGAUGCAAGGAGCUUUUAUACAUUUGUUAUACCUUUCCUGCAUUUUUUGGUCAGAUCAUUCCAUGUAAUAUUAUUAUUAUUAUGAUAUUUAUAGAGCGCCGUCAAAUUCCGCAGCGCUUUACAAUGGGUGGACGAACAGACAUAUAGUUGUAACCAGACAAGUUGGACACACAGGAACAGAGGGGUUGAGGGCCCUGCUCAAUGACCUUACAUGCUAGAGGGAGUGGGGUAAAGUGACACAAAAAGGUAAGGAUAGUAUUAGACUAAUGACAGUUGCAGAAGAGGAAUCAGUAAGGAGCUAUUAUAAUAUAAAUAUAUAUAUAUAUAUAUAUAUAUAUAUAUUGUUCAAUGAACAAGCACAGCAAGGAACGCUUUUUAUUAAAUGGUCUAUUUUUCUGGUGAGUGAGGAUCGUGUGGAUCGUGUAUUUCAAUUUAUGGAUUUGGGGAAUUAGGCCACCAGCACUUAAGACCAUUGAAAUCAAGUGGGCGCAUGCAAAAGUAAGUCUUUUUUAAUAUCGACACAUUAUUAAUAAAUAUUCCUAAUAUGCCACUUUUCCUUAUUGGGGCAUAUUCCCUAUAUCCAUAUUCUAUGUUACAUACUUCUUAACACCAUUAACACUACAAUCACUUCUGAGCUGUAGAAAGUGCCCCUUUUGAUAUGAAAUACUGGAGUAUUCAUUUGUUACAGUAAUUCCAAGGACUGUGCACUUGUAAAUAUUACUAUGCUAGAUGGUCCCAUAUGUUCAUUGAUCAUUGCAUAAAAUAGCUAUUCAGCAUGGCUAAAAUAGGUGAAAUGAAUAUCACAAACUACAAUUUACACAAUAGAAUUAAACCUUGAAAAUAUUAAAUGCGUGUCCAGAUGUUCCAAAACGCUUAAAAAUUUAAUUAUAAAAUUAUUUAUAUGUGAAAGGUAAAUUUAGCUUGUUUCAGCUUCCAAGUAUGUCCUUAAAUAAGGCAGUAUUGUUUUAUCUUUUAUCCAUCAGUCAUUUAGAAUAUAUGUUAAUGUGCCAAACAAAACAGUCAGCUUUUAAAAGAGAAACUGCGCCCCAGAUUAUGUCCUGUUAUAAAAUUACUGCGAUUAACAGCCUAGCAACAGAAACAGUGAAAAAACUGCUCACUUGUUAAAUCUCAUUCUCUUUUUAGAAAUUGAAAAUCACUUCAAAUUCUAAUUGGUUGACAUUGAAUUUUUUAUGUAACUCUUACAAAAAGAAAAAAAUAUAUUUCCAAUUAAAAUGGAUCCAUUUCAGUUGUCAGGGAGCUAAAAAAAAAAACCACCAUACUGGAUGUCUUGCCAUUUUAUCAGAAGAAUCUGGUCCUUUUUAAAUCUUUUUACCCUUUAAGGUCAAAGGUACAGUUUUAAAGGUCAAUCUCAGACCUUCAUAUCAGGAGUCAUCAUGUUUUCUUCUAAAGAGUUCCAUUUAAUACUGUCACUCUCUAAAGACACAGGCCAGGGUUCAGAAUUGGAUUCGGUUUUUUUUUUUCUUGUGCAAUGAUUUUGUAUGUGUACAGAAUGUCAAAGUAAAAUAGCAAAAAUCAAAGCAGCGAAAUAUCCAAAAACAGCAAUGUGAUCAAAAGCAUUUAACAGCACACUUGUGAAUUAUUUCGAUGACUUGAACACAACAUGCCACUUUGCAUAGCAGCCCCAUUACUGAUUACAUUUUAAGUUCUAAUACUGUUAAAGCUCAGAUGUAAUCAAAGUGUGAUAACAGUAAAAGCAGAUGCUUAUCUUCAUAAGUAAAUUGCUCGAAAUAAAUAAUUCAGCCAUUGUGUUUUCAUUAGACUGCAAGUCAAAAGAGUUUUUAGCAACAGGAAAAGGAAAUAGUCACAAUUUGACUAUGUCUGACUAAAUGUUGCCAUUCAGAUGUUGAUUUGCUACAAUUCAGAUGUUAGUGAAUAAACCUGAGAUUACCCCAGAGACAAAAAUGAAAAUGUGAUAUAGACAUAUUUAAGGAGAACUGUUCCUCUCUUGAAUUUACACCAACAAAUAAAAUAUUGAAAAUCAUCUAUAAUUUGUGUUAACUUAUUUUUUAAUGAGGUGAUCCAUUUACCGUAUUUUCCAGCGUAUAAGAUGACUUUUAAACCCAGGAAAAUCUUCUCAAAAGUCGGGUGUCGUCUUAUAUGCCAGGUGUCGUCUUAUAGUGCGGUCUAUGCAGGGCCGUCACUAUCCAAGCGCCGGCCCUGCUGUUUUCACCGGCCCACUUGAAGAGACAUGCAGCUGGGGAGGGAGAGGAGGACCCAGCGGAGCUCUAUUUUGUAGCUCCGCAGGGGUCCUCUCACGAGGUCCAGAGAUGUCACCGGCUAGCGGGGCCCAGAGCGACAAACAAAAAAUAAAGGAAGAAGUGGUUCUGGCAUUUUAGGAAGACGACGAACCCUGAACCAGCAGACGGUGAGACCGGGUCGUUCAAACAAAUAGAGGAUGAUGGGGUGCGGCGGCUUCACCUGCUACAAGAAUGCGCUGUGUGCGCUGAACUUGGUGUAUAUGGUGAGUGUGACCGACAGGAGGGAUCACAGCCUCCCCGGCCAGCUCUGUACAGGCUAGUAAUGCAGGCCUCUCCCAGCUUCAGUACUACAAAUCCCAGCAUGCUCUACCAGUGGUAUCUUAUUGUGGGAUUCUGGGAAUUUGACUUGGACAUAAUGCCUGCUUAUUUAUUUUUAACCCCCCAACACACAAUCUCUUUUAACAUUCACCCACAGCACUCUAACACACAUCACACGCAGCACCCUCACACACAACACUCUCACAGACAUCAUACUCGGUACUCUCACACACAUCACACACAUCACCCUCACACACAGCAAUCUAACACACAUCACACUCAGCACCCUCAAACACAGCACCCUCACACACAAAUCACACACAGCACCCUCACACACAUCACCCUCACAAAUCACACACAGCUCCCUCACACACAUCACCCUCACAAAUCACACACAUGACCUUCACACACAUCACCCACACAUAACACACAGCACCCUCACACACAGCACCCCUCACACACAGCACCCCUCAAAUAAAGCAUCCAUCACACACACAUACUGCACCCUUCACAUACACACUACAUCUCUCACAGACACCGACUGUUUUUUUAUUUUUUUUUUAUUUUUAUUUGGUGUGCGUUGGAAGAUGGGUAGUCUUAUAUAGCGAGUAUAUCCCAAACUCUAUAUUUUAACUGGAAAAGUUGGGGUUUGUCUUAUACGCCCAGUAGUCUUAUACACUGGAAAAUAUGGUAUUAUAGCAAAUAAAGACAAUGAAUAUUUUCUUACUCAUUUUCUCUGCACCCUCUCUCUAUUUUGAUUGACAGGGAGCUAAGGUGGUGGUGCUCAGUUCAAGGAUAUAGAGAAUUGGACUUCUGCAUUUAAUUUUAUUGUGCACACCUUACAAAUACAUAUUUGUUAAUUUUAGGGAUAAGUGUACACAUUAUUAAAAGUUCUGGGAAGUAGCCGAGCUCCUUUAAUAUUUAAAUUUUAAAUUUAUUGAUUUGUUUUUGUUUAGCGUAAAAAUUAUUCAGUAUGGAAAACUGAAUAUGAGCAUAUUAUGUUUUAUUUUCAAAUUCUCACGAAUCACAUGUCUGCUAGUUAGCUUGAAAGCUUAUGGGAUCUAAGAGAAAAGGCUGAGCGCGCCCCAGGCAGGCUUUUAGGUGUACCUAACAAGAACAAGAUAAAUCAUUCUGACAUGUCUAGAUGUAAAAAAGCAGGGGGCAGAUCUGGUUAAGAAACUGAAUUAAAAAGGAUGUGUUGUUGAGGGUUGGUUGUUAUGUAAUAAAUAAAAAAUAUAAUCUAUUAAUUAAUUUAGUCCAGUAAUGACUUAGUAUCAGCCUGAGUAGGCACGGAAAACAUAUGGAGUGGCAAGUUUACUGAUAACUGUUUAAAUCAUUGUCUGCAUGGUGGAUAUUAUGUUGAGAGAUUUUAAAAGUGAUAAAAGUAUUCAAGUUCAAUAUUUAAACUAAUACAUAGUAAUAAGGGAUACAGAAUGGAUAUACUAGUCAUAGUUUUUGUUCAAAAGGGGGAAUUAUCAGGGAAUUCCAUUUUUAUUUUCAGUGUCUCAAAGCUUGUUUUUAGGCUUCAUAUAAGAUUUGCAGGCAAAACAAAAAAAUCAAGGGCCGUACCAAAUAAUCUCACUAUUUAUGUUGAAAUAGAUCCAUACAUCUGUAAUAUAAAAUCAGUUUGAUCUUUUUGUGCAGUAGUUAAGGAAGGCUGAAAGAAACUAUAGCUCUGUUGGAAAAGAGCAAAGAAAAAUAUAGUAUAAUAUUGCUGUACGAAAAUAAAUAUUUGGUAUUCUGUUCGAUAUCCUAGAUACCAGUCCUUUUUAUUUAUAUAGUGUCUAGGUCUAAAGAUAUAUAAAGGAAUAAAUCAGCAAGUUGAAACCGUUCAUGGAAGCAACAUAUUAUUUUUCUUGCUUACCAUCGCUUAUGAAUCUUAAGUACUCUUAUGGCAAGUGAUAAAUAAUGCGCCGAUUCAUUCUUUGUAAUUAAUUCACAUAUACAUUUUUGCAUAAACAGGUAUCUAAGAGAUCUGCCUGUUUAACAUUGCUUUACAAGAGCUGUCAGUACCGGUAUUGUCCUGAAAAUGGCACAAUAAACUAGUCGGACUGCCCUCAAGGGCCUUGCUUUUGUAAGUUUGCCAGUCUGUAUGUAAAAAAGAACGAUGGCAAAAAGAGUGUGACAUUUUUUAUAAAAGCAAUGAUACUUGAAUGUGCAUAUAACAUCAUUUGAUUCAGCGACUUUAAAUGUAAAAAUAAAAUUUCUGAACAAAUAUGGCUUUUUGUAAAAGGGAAAGCAAUUGCACUUAAAUUUGAUUUAUUUGCUGUAGAGAUUUUGGCUACAUUGGAUUUAUUUAUCAAAGCUUUAUACAUGUGCUUUGCAAGGUUUUUUUUGCUAAAGUGUGAACUGUUUUAGGUCAAAUGUCUGGCCAAAAUAGACAAGUGAGCAAUGUUUUUAGUUCAGCUUGUUAGCGUAAUACUUGAAAUUCACUAAAUUCACAUUUUAAAAAAAACAUGUGGCUGUAAAACAUUUUGAGACAUUUGGUUUUCAAAAAUGAUAUGAUUAUUUUAGAUGAAUUGGUUCAAAACCAUGUAGGUGAAAGAAACUGCAUAACUAAUGAAUUCUUUAUCCCACAUUUUUCCUUCUAACACUGCCAGAGCCAAACAGCUUCAACCAAUUGUAUUUACGUAAAAGUAAAUUAUAACUCUGCACACUAUUUUUAUAUACAAAUUAUAGGAGCCAUUCAACACCCACACACAGGUCAAUCAUUGUAAAAUGAAAGAUGUUGACAAACUAAAUGUUCAGAUCUAAAGACAAAGAGAACGUUACCUGUGCUCUGGCCUAAAUCCCUAUGUACAUUUAAACAAAAUGGAGGCUCCUUAGUUUUAUUCCAAUGGCCAUUUGAAUAUAUAAGCUCACCUGCCACAUCAAGGCAAACCUCAAUAGGUGAGUUCCUACUCUAGCCAUUAGAUUUGCUGAUAUCAGCCAAGAAUCUCCAAUAAGACAGGAAGGGGUAUUUUAUAAACCCUUUCACAUUUAACCCUUUCUAGGGCUUCUACACAUACAAUAAACUUUGCUGGUAUCAGACAACGUGUAAACAUCUCUAAUGAGACAGGAAGGGGUAUUUUAUGAACCCCUACAUACUUAACCCUGAAUAGGGCUAUAACACAUACAAAUCACCUUGCUGGUAUCAGCCAGAAGGCAAAUUUCUCUGAUGAGACAGGAAGGGGUGCUGCCCCUACAUACUUAUAAACUCUUAAUAAGACAAACAUGGGGAGGCUUGCAGCAAUGUAACAUAGCUGUGUGAUACAAAUAUCAUAUACAAACACAAAGAUAAAGCACCGCGCUUAUAGCAGCAGUAGCUUAGUAUCCAACAGCUCAAAAUACAUAGUAAAAACAAAUAGAACGUUACCUGGCCAAAAUCCCCAUGUACAUUUAAACAAAAUGGAGGCUCUUCAGUUGUUCAGAUUUACUCACUGUAACGGACCGUUUUGCACACAAGGGGUAAAAAAUGUUUAGGCGAUCGUCCCCCUUUCCAGAGAACACCAAACUCCCGAACCGCCAAUAAGGGAAUGCUCCAAACUCCCGAACGGCAUACAAUAUAGCACUCCAAACCCACGAACUGGAACCAUACGAAUCGCUGCUAGCAGACGAAUAGGAAAAGCAUCCAAGCGGCUUACACUCCUAGCAAUCAGUCUCUAUCAGCAUUCAGUAAAUCCCCCAAAGACGAGACAAGGCUCCGUGUUGAGGGUCAAGCAGUGGUCUGUUUAAUGAGGGCUACCUGCCCAGUAUUUAUGCAGGUCUCCCACCUGGUGGACACUCCCCUAGGGGACCAAAUGGGAGACUGUGACAAAAGACAGACAAGUAGACAAAUAGGACACACAGUCACAUUAUAUUCCAACAAUGCAUCCUGGCUUCCUCCCCUCUGCCUUGGAGAUAAUUGAGAAGUAAUUCAAUUAUCUCCCAAGACAAAGGCAAAUCGUCAUUAUGCACGUGGAGAUGCUAAAACAUGAAUUACUAUUAAAAUACACAGUAGACACAAGAUCCCCAGAUAGCUCAGGUCUGAGCGCACAUUAUUAAGCGAAUGGCGCUCAGACCACACGAAUACAGUGUAAUCGCCAUGGAGCCAAAGUCUUUACACAGUCAGUUCUCAUGCGAAUGGGCUCCAUGGGAUUCCUAUCUGGGGCAUAACAUAGUCAAGUAAAACUACCGAACACCGGGCCGUUCGUGCACUUUCACCGAACAAGAAGGGAGGUCGAGGGCUUCAGCGGUGUUCGCGCAAAACUGUGUCCGUUUCAGGGAGGCUAAUUGCCGGCACACUCCAUCUCUCAGGUGGUCUAGUCAUUCGUGCGGUUGUUCGGUAGAUUGAAUCUAUCGAACACCAGGCAGAAAAUCACGAAUAAGUCUUUUCUGCAGGGAAAAAGAUGUCUUUUAACAUGGGCCAUAGUCCAAAGGCAGCAGGUGAGCAACCAGGCUUCUCCAAUGCAAUGUGGCGAGAUUGCUCUCGUCACACUCACACAAUAUGUUUUUUUUAUUUUAUAAUAUCAUUUACUAACAUUGAUGUUUUUAGAGUUUGUGAUUCAUUUUGAGACAAAAUAGAUUGCUUCAUAUCUAAAAACAUAGCUAUUGCUUAUCUUGAAUCAGUUCAAAAUAUUGGGUACAUAAUGUAUCUGAAUCUGGACCAAAGUAAGGAAAACUCUAUGAAUAUAAUUAGAUGUUGUGCUCAUAAGCUGUCUAAUUAAUAUUAUGAACAAUUCCUAAAGUUCUCAUUAGUGAAGCCGUUUGGUAUAGAAAGUGGUAUGUAACACAUAAAGGAACUCAUACACAGCACUGUUAUGCCAACUGUAACAGAUUGCAAUCACGUUGCAGCAGAUUCUACAUUGAGUUCUUUUAUGCGGAUAUUUUAUGCUGAUUUCCAAUUGUUUAUUUUGCGAUUUCUCACAACAACCUAUUUCAACAGAUUAGUAUUUGUAGACAUAUCUCAAAUUCCCAAACCAUCUAUGUAAUUGCUUAUCGAUACUGCACAGCAUGCCCUAAGCUGUCCUUCUGUCUCGUCUUUCAUACCCUUACAUCAUUUCAAGUCAUAACAUCAUGUGCAAUAUGCAGAUAAUGUCUAAAUAAUCACUGACGUCCCUAAAUGGCCCACUUAUAAAAUUAGGAAGCAUUCAAAGCUUUCCUUACAUUUACUAACUGGACCAGCUUCUUCCUCAUCAAAAUAAUUUGUCCCCAAAUAAGGAAUGUCAAAAAUCAUCCUCAACGUGAGAAAUAAAAAAAAUAUACCUAUUUAUCCAUUAUGAUUGCAUACAUUAACGGGAAGCAAAGUUGGAAGGUAGGAAGGUAGGACCAUCAUCUGAUGCAUUAUUUGCCAUGCAGCACAUUUUUCAAAUGCUAUGCUUUCACAUUUUCUGUAAUUCUGUAAAAAAAAAAAAUAUAUAUAUGUAUAUAUAUAUAUAUAUAUAUAUAUAUAUAUACACAUUAAGCUCAAAGCUAGUUGUCAUUUCUGAUUCCUUGCUCUUAUUUCUUCAAUCAAUUUCAUCAGUCAUCUUCCCUUUUAGUACCAAACAUAAGUUUUCCUCAAAAAAAUUAUCUAAUUCAUUAUUUUUGCGAGAUCUGAAUACAGUAAUUUCUACCUCCAUGGACAGUUUCUCCAUUAUCCUGUAGAAUCAUCAUCUUAUCUCAGAAUGUGUGGAUCCUUCCUAAAAUACUUCAGUGACUUCAGAUCAACAUGUUUUACUUUAUCUUCAAAUUGCUUUAAUAUCUCAUAUGCACAUACUCUACACUCUUGAUUUUUUUUAUUGAAAUUUCUUUACACAAAUCAUGCUAUAUGCCUACCUUCAUCUUCUGCUUCCUUACCUCUACCCACUCGUUUACUUUAUUUCUCCUUAAAGGUCACUGUAGGGUCAGGAACACAAACAUGUAUUAGUGAUCCUAUAGUGCUAAACUGACCAUAUAGGUGGCUUGUUCCCCCUUAGCCACCCAAUAAAGUAUAAAACUCACCUUAUCAGGACCUCCUCAUAGAGAUGCAUUGAGUCAAUGCAUCUCUAUGAGGAAAAUUCAGCGUCUCCAUGCAGAUUGUGGGGACGCUGAAUGACAGGGCAGUUUACUGUGCAGCCCUGAGCCAGGAAGCCCCUCCACUGGCCAUCUGAGGAGUGGCCACUUGGAGGUUUCCCUAGGGGCAAUGUAAACAGCCCCUUUUCUCUGAAAAGGCAGUGUUUCCAUGAAAAUGCCUGAAAGGAGCUUUUAUACUCACCAGAACAACUACAUUAAGCUGCAGUUGUUCUGGUGACUAUAGUGUCCCUUUAAUGGCACCGAUCAUUGUUUCUCUUAGCCUCCAAACUCCUGAAACAAGCUUCCUCAUCCCAUUUACUAAGGUACUUCCCUCUUUCCUUAUUUCAGACUCCUGAAAGCCCACUAUUCACAAACGCCUUAUUGGAUCAUCUAUACAUUUAUAACUUUUUGUCUCCUGAGUGCGGUCAGUUUUUUUUUUGUGCAUAAUACAGAUUAGGAAACAGCCCACACAUAAAAGUACAUUUUUACAUUUUAUAAGGCUACUUAAAAUCACCUAUUUUAGCAAACAAAUAUGGGGAUUCUGUUCCACCAUAUGGCCAUGUUGGCCAUGUUGUGUUAAGCCCACUUACAUUACCCCAAUAUUGGUGGGUCCUAAAAGUUUAUUUUAGUACAGCUGAUCUGACCGUGUUAGUUUAUCUUAUUUUCACUCUUUCUUCCAGUUCAUGCACAGUUCUGAAACCUACUGUAAUGCAGUCUGAUUCAAGAUCAGAGACAACAUGGGUUUACUUCAGGGAGAUCAUGCCAAACUGAUCUUAUUGAUUUGUUUUGAUUUGGUAACUAAAAUAAUAGAUCAGGGUGGUGCAGUAGACAUUGCUUACCUAGAUUUCAGUAAGCUUUUUGACACUGUUGCACAUAGAAAACUCAUCAAUAAACUGCAAUCUUUAAGUUUGGAUUUCAGUAUUGUUGAAUGGGUUAGGCAGUGGCUGAUUGACAGGCAACAUAGGGUUGCAGUUAAUGGAGUAUAUUUGAAGAAUGGUCUCGUCACCAGUGAGGUACCUCAGGUAUCUGUACUUGGACCCAUUAUCUUUAAUAUUUUUAUUAGUGAUAUUGCAGAAGGUCUUGAUGGUAAGGUAUGUAUUUUUGCUGAGGAUACUAAGAUAUGUAACAGGGUUGAUGUUCCAGGAGGGAUAAGCCAAAUGGCAAAUGAUUUAGGUAAACUGGAAAAAUUGUCAGAGUUGUGGCAGCUGACAUUUAAUGUGGAUAAGUGCAAGAUAAUGCAUUGUGUAUGUAAAAACCCAAGGGCAGAGUACAGAAUAUUUGAUAGAGUCCUAACGUCAACAUCUUAGGAAAGGGAUUUAGGGGUGAUUAUUUCUGAUGACAAGGCGGGUAGACAAUGUAAAGGAGUAGCAGAAAAAUGCUAGCAGAAUGCUUGGUUGUAUAGGGAGAGGUAUUAGCAGUAGAAAGAGGGAAAUGCUCAUGCCAUUGUACAGAACACUGGUGAGACCUCACUUGGAGUAUUGUACACAGUACUGGAGACCGUAUCUUCAGAAGGAUAUUGAUACCUUAGAGAGAGUUCAGAGAAAGGCUACUAAACUGGUUCAUGGAUUGCGGGAUAAAACUUACCAGGAAAGGUUAAAGGAUCUUAACAUGUAUAAGUUGGAGGAAAGACAAGACAGGAGGGAUAUGAUAGAAACAUUUAAAUACAUAAAGGGAAUCAACACAGUAAAAGAGGAGACUAUAUUUAAAAGAAGAAAAACUACCAAAACAAGAGGACAUAGUCUUACAUUAGAGGGGCAAAGGUUUACAAAUAAUAUCAGAAAGUAUUACUUUACUGAGAGGGUAGCCUUCCAGCUAAAGUGGUAGAGGUUAACACAGUGAAGGAGUUUAAGCAUGCGUGGGAUAGGCAUAAGGCUAUCCUAACUAUAAGAUAAGGCCAGGGACUAAUGAAAGUAUUUAGAAAAUUGGGCAGACUAGAUGGGCCGAAUGGUUCUUAUCUGCCGUCACGUUCUAUGUUUCUAUGUUUCCAUUCAAUGUAAUUUUUUUUGUUCUCAUUGAUGACUGUAAAAUCAUUAUAUUGCACUGUGAAUACAUAUAGGUAAUGUAGACAUGUUUUUGCCUAUGUUUGGCGAGGUAUGUAGAUAGAAAACAUGCUGCUUAUUAUUUGACUCAUUAAACAACUUCAGUAAAGUAACUUCUUUUGACGAUUUUACACAUUGCAUUUUUUCACAUAAUGGGCUAUUUGGACUAAUGAUGCAACUCAGCUGAAAAUCAACAAAACUUUCAUUUAAAUUAAACGCAAACUCUAAAAUGUUGUGCUAGGACUCGUUCACCAUUCCUGCUGCCUCUACAUGUCUUAUUAUUAUUAUUAUUAUUAUUGCCAUUUAUAUAGCGCCAACAGAUUCCGUAGCGCUUUACAAUAUUAUGAGAGGGGGGAUUUAACUAUAAAUAGGACAAUUACAAGACAGCUUACAGGAACGAUAGGUUGAAGAGGACCCUGCUCAAAAGAGCUUACAGCCUAUUAUUCUUUACUAUAUAUUAGAUAAGUGGGGUGAUAGCAAUAACUUUACUUUCUAAGUCAGUAUAUUAAUAAUGCACCUUUUCAAGUCUACUUUCAUGUCUCUUUGUCAGAUAUACCAUACAAACAAAAAUUAUUCAUCUCUGCAAAUUACAUUAUUAAGAUGGACAUCAGUUAAAUUGUAUUCACAGAAAAAAAUGAAAAAAUGAAAAUAUUUUUGAUCUAGCAUUGCUGUCCUAAUGAAGUGUAUAAACCAUUUUUCCUCUAGCCUCUGAGUGUCACAUUUUUGUUGAUGUUAGUGCUAGCAAGCUGUGUUGAAUGGGCUUACCUAUUUUCUCUACAUAUAGCACAACGAGACAUUUUGCGCACAUAAUGACGUGUACUACAGCAAACCUCAGUAAGGUUAGUAUACACAAACAUACAUAAACUGUACAUUGAAGGCUACAUGCUGCUGUCAUUUCAAGCACACCAAUGGUUAAAUGAUAUGACUGAAAACAGCAUUGACACAAAGAAAUCCUAGAAUGCUUCAAAUUAAAUAGGUAAAUGCAAAGAGGAACAAUGAGCUGAGUGGGUUUAAAAUAACAAUGGGGGAGGCAGCUGCAGUACUUUGUGUGCAAAGCUUAUCAUUGUGCUGUGAUUCAUAGACAGGCAUGGAACACAUAGUAUGUUUCAACUCUUUCUUAAUCUUAAUGAUAAAAAUGACUCACAGCUUUUAAAAAUACUAUGAAUGUACAUCUUUUCUAAAGGCCCAUUUGCAUCACAUCCUGUACUGCAGACUACAGCAGUUGUGAGCCGAGCGUCUUAGGCACCUUCUCAUGUGAAUAGGGCUAUUUUAGCUCUACCUCUGUGCACACAUCCUUUUUAUGCCUUCUCAUUUUGCAUGUCCAAUGACUGGAAGGUACAUCACAGGGUCAGAGUACAUUAAUGGAAGGGAAGGUGGAGGAUGUGACAGAAUAUGCAGAGGGAUUGGAAAACGAGUUGUUGAGUAAAUUAAAAGAUGUACAGAGGGGUUAAUGAUUGGGAGGUGAAGUGGGGGUGUCUGACAGGAUUUGUAGUGGUUAAUGUAUUGGUGAUGAGUUGGAUAACAUGUUACAAUGAAUGUGGGGGUUAAUUAAGAGAGGUGAGUUGGGUUGUAAAUGAUAAUAUUUGUGCGGUUUAUGAUUUAGACAUAAUGUUGGAGGGGAAUUAAGGAAUAUAUGGCAGUGUUUGUAGAGUAAAUGAAUGAAGGUGUAGUGUAGGUUUUAAUAUUUAGGAUAGUGUUAUGCAGGGUUUAUUGUUUAUAGAUUGAGUCAUAUUGUGAAGAGUGGGCUUUAGAAUAAUCAUGGUAUGUUGUGUAGUGCAGAGGUUAGUAUUUAAUUAUAAAAUAGUGUAGAGGUUAGUUAUUAUUGUAGUGAAGUUUAAGGAUUAUUGUUUAGUGAUAUUGUAGUAUAGGGCUUAAUGUGUAUUAUAGUGUAGUGCAGUAGCUCAUGUUAGUGAUAGUGUAGGGAAUAAUGUUUUGUUAAAGCAUUGUUUAAGGGGCAAAGGGAUUGUAACUCGGACCCCACUCAAUCUGGAGAAAUGUACAUCACAGCACUGCAUAGAAAUUAGGGGUCCAUAUGCAUUUCAGGGUCAGUCAAACCAUGUAUAACAGCAAAUAAAACACUGAUGACAUCAUUUGAACACAUGAUAAUUUGCUCAUUGAAAUAAAAGAUGCCCUUUUGAAGAAACAUAGGUUUUUAUUCACUAGAAACAUUAAGCAAUAAUAAUAAUUGAAGUAAUAUUAAAACUGAACGGCAACAUUAGCUUACAUUUUCCAAUAUGAUUUUUUAAUGUGCUAGAAUUCAAGUUCUAGCAAAAAUAAACCCUGUCUUGAUGUUUUAUAAAAGCCACUACUAUUUCACAUGAAACCAAUAUCAUUUAAGGCCAAUUGCCCGAAUGAACACCUUGAUCACAUUCACAAAAAGAAGCCAUUAGCGAUAUCACUAUUGUCUUGUCUUAAGCAAACUCCUCGAGCAUCACUAUUGAAGUCAAGUUGGACUCAUGUCUCCCUGGUGCUAGGUCUUUCAGGAGGAACUGAGUACAUUUUUAAGAAGAGUAUGACAAUUUGAAUAUUACUUGUAAUUCAGUCAUCAGAAAUAGGAGCAUAGCUUUCUAUUUGAUUAAGCUGUACUGUUUAGUGGAAUUUUGUUGAAAUGAAGACCCUAGAAAAUAUCAAAAGCUAAAAUGAUUUAAAAAAAACUAAAUGAAUUGUAGUGAAUGUAAAAAAACACUCCAAGCACAAUAGCAUAAGCUUUAGUUUAGGAAAAAAACUCACUGUAUUUUACUAAAGCAGGAAGCUUAUUUAUGCUGUCAAUGCAUGGAUACUACAAAAUUGGCCUGGCAACAUAUACUCACCAAAACAGAUCCAAGGAGGACCCAGGUAGGUUUAUUAUUUUAAAUCUUUCGCAGGAAGACAAAUUACAUUUUUAAAUAUCCUGCCAAAUAUGAUUCUCUCCUUUCUGCUAAUGAAAAGGUUAAGCUGCAUUUGAUAUGCCUUAAAGCUGAAGAUAUCGCUUGAUUAUAAAAUCUCAAGAGCCUUAGCAAUCUGUACAGAUUAUAUUUACAAAUACUAGCUAUCCUGUAAAUGACUGAACAUUCUGUGAUUAAGAAGAAAAGAAAAAGAAGACAAAUAUAGUGCAAUAGCAACUUACAUACAGUGUAUUCAAGAUAAAUUGUGAACAAGUAAAUGCCUAAAUCAGUUUUGUUUGGGACAUUCCAGUUCAUGGAGUCUAUGCAAGUCAUUAUAUAUCAGUAAGUCCUUAGUUUGCCAGUAGUAAAUAAUAUGAAAGAAUGAAAGAUAAAAGCUCUACAGUAUUGGAUUUAUGAUGUUAGGUUAGCUGAACAGACAUUUUAUGGAAAGCAAUUUGAAUAACCUUGGUCUAGUUGAAGAGUCAAGGUUAUUUCAUUAAAUUGAAAAUACAGGUUUUUACACCAAGGUUGCUGUAUAAAUUCCAAACCUAUUUCUUAUUCUGUAAAAAAAAAAAAAAAAAACAUCAAAUGCUAAAGUAUCUCUGUUUAAACAGCUGCUAGCUUGGCUACAGUAACGAUGUUAUGUUAAAUCAUGCAUAUGGAUCUUGCUUUAAUUGUUUUACCUGGUAUUAAUGCCAGUUUUCCAAAAAGCAGUUGUAAGAGAGUGUUCGUGUAAGCUAUUAUAUAAAAGAAAGCAACAUUAACCCAUAAGCCAGCAUACAAGAAUGCAUCUCGGAUACGGAUAUGUUUUCUAUUUUGUCGUUUUUUGGGUGACUGCUUGUCAAUGCAGCUGUAUCUAUUAAAAUGACAAUGUGUGUCUGCUCCCUAUUCUUAAGUGCCUUGCUCCCCCUUUAUCUUCUUAUGUAAUGGACUUUAACCAGCUGUACAACAAGGCACCAGGAAAUUAGCAGUUAAUUUUUGGCUAUUGCCUUUUGAAAUCAGCAAGGUGCACAAAGUGAUUGUUAUUCCUCCAGUAACAUCAUUUUAGUGUGAAAGAUGCAUGCCAGGAGCGGGAUUUAAUCCAUCCUACAGCAGUGCAGCUUAAAGAGUCCCCUUUUAAACACAUACAUAACAAACAUCACAAAAUGAUGUCACAUGCAUGACACACAUUACACAUAUCUGCCGUCACAUUCUAUGUUUCUAUUGGUAGAGGUUAACACAGUAAAGGAGUUUAAGCAUGCAUGGGAUAGGCAUAAGGCUAUCCUAACUAUAAGAUAAGGCUAGGGACUAAUGAAAGUAUUUAGAAAAUUGGGCAGACUAGAUGGGCCGAAUGGUUCUUAUCUGCUGUCACAUUCUAUGUUUCUAUGUUUCUAUAUCAAGUAGACAUGCAUCACAAGCACAUUACAUCUAAAAAAAAUUAUACAUAUUACAUUGAAUAAUCAGAUAAACAUCAUUAUACAUGUAUUAAAUAAUCCUGCUCACACAUGCAUGUAUACACACAUCUACAUAUCUGCACACAUUUACAAAGGCCCCGAUGAGAUCUAUUGUAGUAACUUGGCCGGGCUUCAGGCAAAGAAGAAUUCUAAAUACAUUGCACCUUAGUUACUGUUUCUUAGGAAAGCAUUAGAAAUUGACAAACCUGUGUAGCAGUCUUUUUACAAUGGCAGCCACAAGUCACAUAUAAAAUGCCACAUGAAAAACGUUUUCAAGAUGAAGCAUAAGACAUUUCUUAGGAUGAAAAUAUAAAACGCUGACUAUGAUCAGGCUAAGUGGAAAGAUAGUUUAAAGUAGAAAACAAGUUGUUUGGUGUUUCUGCAAGAUUAUAAAUUAGUCCCUGCCAUCUUGCUAAUUUUGUGUCAUAUCUGUGAAAUUAAAACCUAGGAAAGUUGCAGUUUAUUGGAUCUUAAAAUAACUGUUUUUGCAAAUGCAGUCAAUUAUGUUUGGAACAGAAGGCUUAGUGUUGCUGAAGUUUUUUGUUUAUUAUGUUUUGUGUAUAUAAGGGGAAAUUGUAGCUCAUAUUGAAAAUAAUGUAAUAAUGUAGUUUGCUUCUGCUAAUUUAUCAUCACCAUUCAGGGCUCUUCUUUAAGUAAUCAAUUAAAUACCUGAAAUAAGAGACUUGGCUGGGGUGAUGGAUUAGAUCGCUAUCCCUCAUUUUAAUCUAUUAGAAAGGCUUGUUUCUGGUUGGUUCAAAAACACGACUUAAUGGGAGGUCAAUGUGAUUGGCUGAAAUAUUCUAGCCAAUCAUACUGCAUGAUUGGUAGUCUGCUGAUUGUCAGCUCAUCCACUCACAAAAGCCUUCAGAGCAAAACAUCAGAAUAUCAUCAUUAAGAUUAUUUUCUUUUUGCACUUCAAUUUUUGUGUUUGUCAAAGUGUGCACUGGGAUUUAAGGUUUCUUUUAUCUUUUUCAUUUAUUAGAUGCUUAUUGGACAGGAAGUGAUUUCAUACAGACUAUUAUGGAUUUGGAAAGCAUUAAGCAAAGUUAUUUUACAAAGAGAACAUGGUUACAAAGGACAUUAUGCGACAAUAACAUAUAAUUAUGUUACUGGCACUUUCCAGUAGACAGGGAUUCCCUCUGGAACUGAAUUUAGAUAUGGCACUGUUGGUGCUAAGUGAAUGAAUCAUCUUUUCUGGUUCUUGACUUAGUGGGUUAAUGAUACUAGCACAGUGAUUUACAAUGUGGGCAGGGAAAUGGGAAAAUUGUGCUCUUGUUUCACCACAAAGGAUAUUUAGAAAUAUUAGCACAAAUGGGAAGAAUCAGCAGACUCCUCUUUUCCAUAUUCUCAACAUGGCAUAUAGGAAAGGGGUUAAGUUAUUGUUUACCCUGGUUAAUAACUGGCUGCAUUGCCACAUAUUUGGUCAGCUACUACCUUCCCAUUUGUUUUGAUUUUUUUGAUAGUUGGGUGGACACCCAGCAGACCUUUUAAUUCUACAAAUAUUUGAGUUGGAACAUCUGGAGUAUGUUAUCUAAAAGCCUCAUUAAGCCCUUUCACUGCCAGAAGGGUGCCACUCAGAUUGCUCUGCAAUAUACUUGUCAUAUCUCUGGCACUCAAUGGGGUUAAACAGUUGUUUGGCUUUAGGAACGUAUAAGACAGUGUGUACUGAUUAUCUGACCUUCGACCUAUGUAACCAAUACAGGGAAUUUGAGUAAGCUGCAAUAAGAUACUUUGCAACUGAAGAACUGAAUUAUAGAGACAAGUCCACAUUUGGUGUAUUCUACAAACCUACACAUUUACAUUUUAGGUUUGCUUAAUGUAUCCCAUUAGUAAAAUGUGCAUUUGAAACUUUGUAACACUGUAGAAUAUAUUGUAACAAUGUAGAAUACAUUUUAAGUGGCAUAAUAUUGGUUUGCAUUUUAAUUACUCCUUAUUUAGCAUUUUACCCCAGAAUAGUACCGUUGUAGCCUUAAAGGAACACUCCAGGCACCCAGACCACUUCUGCCCGCUACCCUUAACCCUGCAAGUAUAAAUAUUGCAGUUUUUAUAAACUGCAAUAAUUACCUUGCAGGGUUAACUCCUCCUCUAGACAGCCACUAGAGGGCACUUCCUCCACUUCCUGCUUCAUAGCACAGUGCUAGAGCGUCGCUCAGUUCCCCAUAGGAAAGCAUUGAAACGCAUUUUCAAUGCUAUCCUAUGGAGAGCUCUAAUGCGAAUGCGUGCCAUUGCCGCUCAUGCGCAUUAGGUCUCCUCAGCCGGCGGGCGGGAUAAGUCUUCCCCGCCGGCUGACGUGAUGAAGGGGAGGAGCGGCGGGGGUCUCAGGUAAGUCACUGAAGGGGUUUUCACCCCUUCAGCAACCGUGGAUGGGAGGUGGGAGGGAGAGGGGACCUGCAGUGCCAGGAAAAUGUGGUUUAUGUCUAAAUGGGAAACAGUUCUAUUAAGCACAUAUAUAUCAUGCUCACCUUGUGCAAAGAUCAUUAAAACAUAGCAAGAUUCAUCCCAGUUAAAUUGUUGUAUCACUUACGGUACAGCUAGGUUGACUCUUCACCCAGGUUACCGUUAAACAAACAAACAUGGUGGGUUCACUCGUUUCCACCAUGUACCAUAACCACUGCAAUAAGCUGCAUCAGUUGUGGUGCUUGGAGUGCCAUUUAAUCAUGAUUUCAAAUGUUAGUGCAUAUCGUGCAUAGAUAAUAAUUAAUAUGGUGAAGCAGAAUUAAAUGCCAAAAAUUCCUUCCAAGAUAAAAGUGGCAAAAACAUUUUUGCAGAAAGAUAUUUCACAGAUGUGUUGAAAUGUACCCUCUUGGCUGUUUCUAAGCUAUAACUAAUGUUAUUCUCUUUCAGGUAUAGCCUAAUAGAGAAUUUAAAAUUUAACAAAAUACGGCGAGGGCCGUAAUGUAUAGGGUCAUGUAUAAUAAAGGAACAUUGCGAUAAGAAGAAAAACAUGUUUGCAAUUCUAACAGAGGUAUGUUUGCAAUUAUGAAUACAAUUCUGGUGUAUGCACAGUGUAGGCAUAUUCAAUUUGUCUACCAUAGUCUUAAUAUGUCACAAAUAUAUGCUUUGCUUGGAUUAUGAAAUUUAUUUUUAAGUUGGCUAUAAAUUCCAAUGUACAUUUCUUUGGGGGGGGGGGGGAUCAAUAAUUCUAGAUUGGAAGGGAGAUAUUUAAUUUGUUGACAAAUUCUUUUAAUUUAAAAAAAUAAUGAUUAGAAAACCGAAAUACGUAACUAGACUAUAAAUAACAAUUUUGCAUAAAUAUUGUUGCUUAAUAUAUCAUAUUAUCACUCUGCUCCAACAUGCUUUAGAAAUUCUGACUUUGCAUCCUACUCUACUGAAAAGAUUGCUAUAAGGUAUGAAAUCUCAACUUCCCCCGACUACUAAGCUCAACUUUAUUGCACCAUAGCUUUCCUCAUACCUGUAGCUCUUUUACAGCAACUACCAAGGAGGAGAUUUCUACAGUUCUCCUGUCUUGCUCCUCUAUAAUAUUCUGUUUCGUUGAUCUUUGUCCUAUUUUGAUCCUCCUCAAAAUAAUCAAUUUAUCCAAUUUCUACUGGAAUAUGUUCCACCCUAAUUGAACAUACUACAGUAAUUUCCAUCUUUAGAAAACCUACAUUUCUUACAGAUUCCCCGGCCAAGUAUUGUUCCAUCUUCCUACCACCUUUCUCCUCUAAGCUCUACAUAUGGUUUGUAUGAACUAGAUUGAACAUUUUCCUUGCAUUCAACACCCUCGACUGCUUUCUAAUUCACGUGAAACAUGACGGAAUACAUGAAGGAAACAGCAAUGACACUUGUCCUCCAGUUUAUUCUGCUUAUCAUUUGUAGCCCUCAUCUUCAUGAGUCUGCUCUUUCAUGGUUAUCUUCUAACUUUUUCCAGCCCUCUUUUAGUACCAAUACCUGUGCCUUUCUAAUGAUUGUACCUGCACCACCAAGGUGAACCUUCAGUACUUCUCUAAAAUUACACUACUAAGGAAGGUCAUUCCCCAGGCAAUAGACUUCCUUAUCAUUUAUUAUUUUAAGAUAUUCUUAAGAAAACACUUUAUAAGAAUCCAUAACAAAUAACCACUUAAUGUAUUCCUCUUACCACAUCACCCUUUUGUCUUAAUUAAUGUCCACUUUUCUCCUUCUCAUCCUCUCAAGUCAUAUACCAUUAACAGACUAUGUUGUUAAUAAAUUUUUGCUUUCAACAGCAUGUAUUUUACUGUUUGUAUAAGUUUAGCUCAUGUUCUCUGUACCAGUGGCCCCAAACCCAUUCCUCAAGGACCACCAACAGUCCAGGAUUUAUGUAUUUCCCUUUUUUAUUCAAAUUGAGAUACUGACAAAACUUGGACUGUUGGUGGUCCAUAAGGACUGGGUUGGGGACCACUGCUACACUGUAAGCUUGUUUGAGUAGGACCUCAGUAUGUCUUGUUUAUGUAAGUGAAACAUGUUGAAUUCAGUUGAAUGGUUCAUUUUCUGGUUUUACAGGGUUGUAAACUAUGCUGGCACUUUAUAAUAAAUAAUGACCCAUAAUAAAAUAUUGGACACAUUUAGCAUACAUAGAAAGAGUAAGGUUAGAAUACCCUAUUUUCAAAGCAAAUUAAACUGGGAAUUGUGUGCUGAAAGGUUAUUGGAAGAGUUACAUGAUAGAUGCAGAUGAAUUGCAUUAAAAUGUUGAAAUAGAUUGCAUUGUACUCUUUUAUAUGAUUCUUUUUUCGCCAGCCAUUGAGGUAAAAAAUGUGUUUCUGAUUCAAACAAUAUUAUUGCAAAAUUCUCUUUUUAUUUUAAUAAAUGCAAAAAAAUAAAAAAAAACAAUUCCUAAAAAAGAUUUUCAACUUGAAUAGAAAUUUUUCCCAUUGACAAUGGGAAUUUUUUUUAAAAAAAAAUCUACUAUUUGAAAAACAAAAAAACAAUACUAUGUUUUGAAUGUUUCUUUUUAUGAAAAAUAAAAAGAUUGAAUAUUAUAAUAAUAAUAAUAAUAAUAAUAAUAAUAAUAAAUGCCAGCUGAUACCAUCUUCAUUUCACACGGCUAAACUAUUUCUUGCUGCAGUGCUGUCAUAUAGAUCACUGGCACUCCAGACAAAUAAUAACUAAUUCAAAAGCAAAUAGCAAAUUGAAAAAAACAUGCAAUCUAAAGUCCAGCAGACUGAUAUGUUAUGGAUUUGCGCUGGCUUACAUAUGAACCCUUGGCAUACAGUAUCAUAUUCUGAGAAGAGGUCUCCUUCGGAGCUUUGUACACUGAUUCUCAAUUAACCUGCACAUACUCUUUCACAGAAAUCCCAUUGGCCCUGGUUAUAGGUAUAAUGAAAUUAACCUUUCUCUGAUUACUAUGCAAGAAAUCACAUUCCUUGAACCUAUCUGAUAUACUUAAUAGAUGAAUCUAAAGUGAUUAGUUAUAUUUUAGGUUUUCACUAAAACUAUUUUGUACAAACCACUUGGGAAGUCUAAACAAGCUUCUUUAAACACGACUCACAAUACAUAUGCAUUAUUAGCUUUUUCAUUUGAGAUUAUUAAUGCAGUUAAAAUAAUUUACUGUGAAAGAAAAAAUGUAAAAAUAGGUCUCAACGAAAAUCGGAUUCAUUUGAAUUCCAUCCUUUAGCCAUUGUACGUAUAGUAGUUUCUUUAAAUAUACAACAUCUUUGAAGCGUAAGGUUAUUUUAUUACCAAUAACAACUAUUGGAACUCAAUAAAGUUGGUGGAUUUCUUACAUUUUCAGGACGUUCCCUUAGAAAUUACAGAACAUAGCCAAACAUGAAGGUUAACAGAGAGUCAGAAUGAGAUAAUAGAAUAGAAAGAACGAUUCAUGAAUCUGUGUCUUCCACUGCCACUUUGCAGUCCACAUGUUAGUAAAAUUCUUGCCAUAUUGCCUAAAAUUGUUCAUUUUUUAUUAUUAAAUGAAUGUUUUUUGUGUGGGAGGGACAUAAAUGUAAACAUAGAAACAUAGAAUGUGACGGCAGAUAAGAACCAUUCGGCCCAUCUAGUCUGCCCAAUUUUCUAAAUACUUUCAUUAGUCCCUAGUCUUAUCUUAUAGUUAGGAUAGCCUUAUGCCUAUCCCACGCAUGCUUAAACUCCUUUACUGUGUUACCCUCUACCACUUCAGCUGGAAGACUAUUCCAUGCAUCCACUACCCUCUCAGUAAAGUAAUACUUUACUUUAAAUGUAAUCUAGAAAAAAAAAUAUCUCUAUAGGAAAGCUCCCUAUUGCUUCAAUGAUGGUACUCACCCUGCAGUAAAACUAAUUUAAGUGCUAGUUCUUUGUUCUUUUCCUCCUAAUUUAUUUAAAUGGAAAGCUUCUUUUACAUUUACAAAAAGUCCUUAUAGGUCAAAUGCAACAUAAGAGAUUGAGGAGGAAGGGCUUGUGACUUAUAAUUUGAUGUAAUAUAAAAUAGUUAAUUACUCAUGUACAUGAAUGUACAUAAAUGGUGUAUGGAUGUUUUUUCUUGAUACAAUUUAAAAAGUGGCUCAAUAGAGAAGGAACAGCCCAGUUGUGAAUCAAGGAAAAUGUAAAAGUGUAAACUCUCCUAGAGCUCUGACAUUUCACAUUACUGCUCUGUGCAGCAAGUAAAUAAAUUACAUUUUAAGAUGUACACAACAGUGGUACAUGAUCCAUGAAAAAUUCUGAGUGCAGUCCAGACUAUAUUACAUACCUUACUGCAACAAAAGGAAAUAUUAAUAGCAUUAUUAAUAUUAUUUAAAAGAUUGUUCGUCAUCUACUGUGCUAUGUGAGUGUACUUAAUAGGUGAUUUCUUUGUGCAUUUUUUUUCAUCUAUGAGGAGAAAGUAUAUUUACAAUAAAAUAAAAUAAAAUGAAACAGCUUUCUAAAACAAACCUAUUAUACAGAAAACAUAUGGAUGAUAAGGUCAGUUUCCUGUAGUUAAAUAAAUGGAAUUUAUGCAAAUCGACAUUGAAGAGACACUAUAGACACCAAAAUAACUUUAGUUUAAUGAAGCAGUUUUGGUGUAUAGAUCAUGCCCAUGUAGUCUCACUGCUCAAUUCUCUGCCAUUUAGGAGUUAAAUCACUUUAUUUAUCCAGUGCUAGUCACACCUCCCUGCAUGUGACUUGCACAGUCUUCCUAAACACUUCCCUAAAAAUACAUCUAAUGUUUAAAGCUGCACUGUCACUCCAUACUUACCCUUUUCCAACCACGUCCUCUUCUCUUCCUCUUUCCUACUCUGUUUCUCUUUCCAUUUUUUUCUAAUCUAUUUGUAAUCAAUAACAUAAGACAGAGUAGGGACUACUUUGCCAUAUGUAUUUUUCGUAUGCCUGACACUUCUUCAUGCUGGCCGGUGCUACCAACAUUAAGAAGUUUCAAUCCUCCAACUUUUACCAGUGAUGGCUGCCAGGAAUUGGUUCUGUCUAUGGAGAAUCUCGCAGGAGCAGAAGAGGACCUGCCGGAAGAGGAUGGCAAUGACCAUAAGAGACAAGUUCAGGUAAGUAGAUCUCACCUUUGCCUGCUCCCUGACCAGCAGCAAUGCCACCAUCGGGGGUCUUUGCAAAAUAUGCAAAGUCCACAAAUGGUGACAGUGCCACUUUAGACCUCCUUUAUUGUAGUCUUUUUAAUUUAGAAUUUCUUAUCUCAGGCUCUGUUAUUUGUCUUAUAGACCCUGCAGGAGCAUCCUGUGUGUUAUUAAAGUUCAAUUUACAGAGCAUGAGAUAAAAACUUCUAAAGCAAGUUAAUUUCUCUCUUUUAUUUUUUCAAGCAGGCUGUGUAAGUCACAAGCAGGAGAGGUGUGACUAGGACUGCAUAAACAUAAAAAAAGCAAAACUGUAACUCCUAAGGGAGAGAAUUGAAAACUGCUUCAUCAAACUAAAGUUGGUUUGAUGCUGAUAGUGUCCAUUGCAUUUAAAGAUUUUGAGGCUGCAUGUUUCUUCCAACAUUUGUAUCACAUUUUAUGCGAGGAGACGUUUGUAAAUUUACGUACACAUUAACUGAUUCUAGUUAGUCCUAGUUGAAGGUUCAAGUAUUUGCAGAUACAGGUACAGUUCGAUACCCUUUGGAUUUAAAACUGAAGUUCCACAUUAAAAAGGAAAUAUAAAACACAUUGAAAUGCUUAUGUAUAUUUUCUCAACACACCUAUGUUACUAAGUAUUGACAUUUGGUAAAGACACUAUCUUGGUAAGUGAUAGCUAACCGUGGUGCUCCAGAGACUUGUUGAUUACAUUUCCCAUGCACAUUCAGCCCUUAACAUCUAAGUUACCCAAAUAGCUAUCGGUGUAGGUUAUCUGGGGUUCUAGGGUUCAUUUGUUACCAGACACAGCCCAAGUUAAAGGAAUUCCUUUAACGUGUCUACAAAAGAUGUGUCAAAAAGGUAAAAAAGGUAGAUCCAUAGCAGUUAUAGCAUAUUAAGGCAGAGUAUCAGUAUAGAGGUUUUAGUUCUACAAAAGUUGGAUCUAGCUUUUGGUGACCCUCGGGCUAUAUCACUUGAAAUAUCAUAAAGUACAAAAAAAAAAAGGCAUAACAAACAUAAAAUCCAAACAAGCCCAGACACAACAUUUUAAAUAGUGUGAUAACUGAAGGCUGUGUCUGUCCUUACUAUGCUAAACUAAUAAAAUUUCUAAAAAUACCCUGUGUGUGAUUGAAAGGUCAGUUUGAAAAUGCAAUCGCAAUAUGCUAACUUAUUAGUAUUCUUACCAUGCUCGAACAUAACUAAAGAAAAUAUAUAUAUAUAUAAAAAAAGAGUUCUAUGAAAGUGGAUGGCAAAACGUUCUUUAAUAUAUAAGAAGACUGUAAAAAAUAUAGAAAUGAGUCAAGUAUGAGAACUGAGAGCUAUGUUUAAAGGACAUGAAAUAAGUUGCUUGAUGUGAUGAUACUUAUUUCUCUGCUUGAAGCUGCAUUAGUUAUAAGAAUUCAGCUAAUCAAUUUUCUUUUUUACCAUUGAAAGUAAUUCAGAUUUAUGGAGAUGCAGAAGUUUAUAAAAAAAAAAGUAUAGAAAUUAGGAGAAGUCUCAUAUAAAAUACAUCAAUGUUCUAUUCUGCUUGUUGUGUGUUUAUUGGUCGACUAAACUAUAUCAAAGCAAGUAUAUUCCUAUGAGGCUACCCAUUCCUAAGAGAACCUUGGCUUUUCUUUAAUUAACACAUAAGAAAUCAAUUAGAGCCUAGCGAUUCCUACUGCAAAGUUAGUUGAUUAACUGGAUGUGAAAGUAAUUCUAAAACCUAUGUCUGGACCAGCAGCUCUCAAAGGAUUGGUUAGAGAGUCUGAGUAUAUAUCAUUAGAGUGAAUCUGCCAGUCAAACAGAAUUGUCGUAAAAUGCCUAACCCAACAAUAACCAGAUUGCUUUUCCUCACUGUUGCUUUCCUUUCCUUAUAACCUCAACAGCAGCUUGGAACCUCUGUGUCAUAUUUGAUUCAUCCAUCUUUGUGCUUCAUCCAUCUUGCUACAAACACAUAUCCUAUGGUAGUUAAUUCAGAAAAUUCCACUUCAUUAUCAAAAAAUAUAUAUUUGCUAAUCAUAUUUUUAACCACAAAGCUUAUAUUUACACUCCCAACCUUACUAGGGUGGUAUACCUCGAUGAAAAUGGAUGGUUGUCUACAAUUUCAUAUUCUAUUAUUAUUAGUAUUAUUAUUUUAUUCUUUAUUUAGCGCCAGCAAAUUCCGUAGCACUGUACAAUGGGUGGACUAACAGACACAAAAUUUGUAACCAGACAAAUGGACUCACAGGAACAGAGAGGUUGAGGGGCCUGCUCCAUGAGCUUACAUGCUAGAGAACUAAGGUAUUUUUGACAGUUGCAGGAGAGGAGUCACGGAGAAAUAUAAACAUGUUAGUGUUACCUUACCUAUUAAUGGGACAUCCCCCUAUGAUGAUUUAAAAGGUAGUUUGUACAUAUCUUUAAUACUCUUCACUAUGGUUUGCUGAUAUCAAGAUUAAUGAUCUAAGCAAUCCAAUGCUUCGAUGGAUAGUUCACAUGUGCAGCAAUUUGAAGUGCUACACCAAUCAAAUCAUUCCUACAGAGCACAGCAAUUAUGGAAAGACCUCCCGCACACUUUUAAAUCUUCCCCAAGCCUAAAGUCCUUUAAGAGAUCCCUCUCUACAUACCUCAAAACAGAAUGCACCUGUCAUGGUUUAUUAUAUCAUUCAUACCUGUUCUAUGUUACAUUUUGUAUAUAUUGUGUAUUAAUAUUGUUUUUGUAUUUUAUUGUACCCUAUUGUAUCAAUGCAAUGUUUUGUGGACCCAGGACAUACUUGAAAACGUGAGAAAUCUCAAUGUAUCUUUCCUAGUAAAAUAUUUUAGGAAUAAUAAUAAAUAAUAAACAUGCUGUCUAUCAGCAGCAUUUGUUUGAAUAACCAAGCCUGAUUUGAUUAUUCAGCAGAGGUGCCUCUAGUGUCUGUCAGGAAGACAGCCACCAGAGGUGUGUUUCACCCUGCAAUUUAAGAAUUGCACUUUGUUUAAAAUAGCAAUGAUUUACAUUGCAGGGUUAAAACAACAAGGACACGGUACCCAAAGCCAGUAUUCUCUAUUACGGUGGUCCAUAACCUCAGAGUUGGGACCCAAGAAAUAAUUUUUUAGUUUCAUUUUAGUGGAUCACCAUUGGUAGGAACUGACACAUCAUAUUCAUCAGAUCCACAGAUACAUUUUGCUUACUGAGGCAGCACUGCUUACCCCAGUGCAGUUGAAGCCUCUUUGAUAUGGAAAAUGUCUAAUUAAGGUGCUUUGCAAAAUGUAUUUUGCUUUUAAUUAAAGUGGAUUUAAAUAAUAAGUCACUGACCUAAUUUAGGCCUCGAUUUAAUAUUCUUGGAUAAACUUUUUAAAUAAUUUAAUGAAUUGUGAAAAAAAUGCAAUAUUUUUUUUUUAUAUAUAUAUUUAUAUAUUGUAUAUUUAAUGCUUUAUUACUAUUAAAAUUAUUUGAAAAGUUUAUCCAAAAAUAUUAAAUCAUUUAGAAAGUUUAUCCAAAAAUAUCAAAUGGAGGCUGUAGUGGACUGUGUGUUACUACUCAGUAUUUUAUUGUUCGCGUCCCUACCCCUAAUUGUUAAAUUUUAUUCCAUCCUCCAUGGUUCAGUACACUGAGAAAAGAACCAAGUAACCCCCUAUCCGUUGUGUCAUUCGUCUGGUUGUUCGGUAAGAAUUUACUUUGAACCAUCUGAAGUUAUGCCAUUCGACAAACGAGCAAACUACCAGACAACCAGGCCUCCCCGGAGAGGAGCAUGGCAUUAAUUGACCUCCCCUAUCCUUAUUCACUUUACCUCAAUUGACAAUUACGCGAACGCACUAUUGCGUUCCCCUGGGUGGCCGCCAUUCUGCAUGCGAACACGUGGCGGCGGCCAUCUUGCCAUACAAACGCACCAGAGGUGUUUGGUCAUCGAGUGUCUGGAACCCAAAUCGGACACUCGACCACGCGAAUACCGCAGGGACCUCCAUACUUCCACACGUUCAUGGGAAAACAUACGAAUGGAAUGGCGUUCGGUGAAAGGAUUCACACAAACGAUGGGAAUCAUCCGAACCCAGGCAGAGUCCAGUAUAUUAAACCAUGCUUUUCAUCUCACGAAUGGAGACCGACCGCAAGGUCAAAACACAUGGAACUCUCUUCGGCUAACACCUCGCGUGCUGUUGGUAAAACGAAGACCUUCAGGAAAUUCAUGAACCCCUGAACCGAUCUAGGUGAUUUUUCAGUAUGUUGCUCACCCAGAUUGGGGCUAUCAGGGUAUAUAUAAUUUAUGGGUGUAUGUGAUGGUUUUGGGGUACAUCCAGGAAUUGGGUAAAAAUGUGUGUUUCAAAUGUAUAGUUAAUUGUGUUAUCUCCCAGGGGAGGGAACCUGUGUACUGUAACCAGCUAGCGAUUGGGCCAUUCCUAAUUUUCUGUGGGUGUCUCCCUUGCAUGGGAGCAGUGCAUAAAAGCAGAGUGUGUGGCAUUGAAAUUCAGUUCUGCUCUUGAUACUGAGUGUCAUCCAGUUAUUAGGAAAGGUGAUGGGAUAUUCGUGGAUUACUUUAUUUACUGCUUAUGCUGUUCUUCUUAUGAUAACCUACUUGAUUCUGGGUAACUAUUGGAAUACCAGCGGAGAAAAGUCAGUUAAAUUAGCACUCCGCUACAGAGACCUUAGUAGGCUCAAGUAUAAGAGCCAGUUAUUUACUGCAUUAUUUUGUACCUCUGGGAUUCUGGCCUCUCAUUUGAUAUUUCAAUCAUUGUAGUUUGUACUCAGUAUUCUACGGGUCUCUGCGGGUCUCCAAUUAUAACUUUCAGCUACCUUCAACAAAAAUCUUCGCUGUUAACCAGUAUUGUUAUAUUUAUUGUUAUAUGUGAUCAGUGGAGUCUACUCCAUAGGGGCUCUUGGGGCAGCUGAUAGCACCAGGGGGUGAGGUUAGAGUGCCUAUUGGAGAAAGAAGCUUUUUUUCUCAGCUCUGUUUGUGAUAUGGUUAUCUCAUCUCUAGAAAUCUCAUCUCCAUUGUACUCAGCUCUAUGUGGUUUUUAGAUAUCUUUAUUUUGUGAUUAUAUUCUUUUAUUGUAUGAGCAUCUCUAUAUUAUGCUCCUAUUGUAUGAGUAUCUCUGUACUAUAAAGGGCGGAGAAACCUGGAAGAGGAAUCUGGCUCCCCACUGUCUUAAAACUUCACCAACCAUCACUGGAUGUUAUAAUACAGUUAUUAUACAUUUAUAAUACAUUUUAAGAUAUAAAUACUGGGAAAAUUGAAAGCUGUUGGUUGGGAAUAAUGUACGUAAAUAACAUUAACUUAGGAUGACAAUCAGCAAAAUGAGAUACAAUGGCAUACUUCCUGCUUUCUUGACUUGCAAUAACUAGGUAUCACAAAUAUCUGAGGUUAGCUUAUUUUAAUAUGAUUAUGUGUUAGAAAACAUGUAUUGAUUACUGUUGGAUGUAAUAUUGGGUUUAUUUGGUUCAGUUCUAUCCCUUGACCUAUAGCUUAUUAACAAUAACCUAGAGAAUACCGCCAACUUUUUCUUCCUUUCUUUCUUUCUUUCUUUCUUUCUUUCUCUCUUUCUUUCUUUCUUUCUUUCUUUCUCUCUUUCUAUAUAGUAUUAAGGACAACAACAUUAUGUUUAUUUAAAAGAGGAAUAGAAUGUUUUUAUAAUACGGUAUGUAUGCGUAUUUAAUUGGGUGUUUGGGUAUUACCAGACAUCAUAAGUAAGAAUAUAUAUAAGUGUGUAUUUCUUCUUUUGUGUGGUUCCCCUUGUGCUUUUUUUUUAUUCUGUUCUAUCCUUGUGUAAAGUGCCAAUUAAAGUUCUCAUCCUAUUUUUUAUAGAGAUUGCCACGAUGGCUUGCUUUUGUCUUAGCCUCCCACAUUUUUCUGUCUAUAAGGAAUGAGCUUCCUUGCCGAGUGUCUCUUCAAUAAUAAAUCAGGGUACGCAACCGUGCUUUGAUUUAAUUAUAUGGUUGCAAGUUUAACCUGGUCUAAAAUAUUUUACAUAUUAGGAAAGGUCUCAAAUGUCUCAGGAUUACAAAAUGCCUACAGUUUGAGCUACUCUACAGCUAUAACUCUUUAAAACAUAUUGUAAUCAAAGCAUAUUAAAAUAAAACCUGCAAAAAAACACAAUUACCACUUAAAAGUUAGGUACAGAACAAUCCAAGAGGGGAAAAGAGAAGACAAAAAGUAAAACAAUCAUAUAGAUAUGGACUGUGAAAAAAAUAAUCUAAUAGAAAAGAUCAGUUAAAGAGAAAUGAAGAAAUGUGUAUAUCAAGGACCAAAGAGAAAUGAAAGACAGAAGACAUCAUCACAUAUCCGCUAGAGGAUCAGUAAAAGCAUCACCUCGAAGUUGCACUCAAAUCUCUAUCGCCUUGGUCAAAACUUGGUCAAUGCUUCAACCAGUAGAGGCAUCUAUGCCUCUAAUAAUUUAGUUUCUUUAUGUCUUAGUUUCCCCAUUUGCUUAGUCUAUGCCUCUCAUAAUUUGGUUUGUCCAACUUCUAUAUUUAUUUUGCUUUCUCCCCUCUGGAAACCCAAGGAUCCAGGGAAGGGGGUUGUCUCUUUCACCAAAACAAUGGAAUUACUGCCUUUACCGCAUUCAAUAGUUUUGGUGAAAUAUAUAUUUUUUCUUUUAGUUUUUGAUGUAUAUGAGCAUAUCGAAGAGUGAUAUGUUAAUGUGUCUUUAAAUUAUAGUGAAUGUAUUUUUAAAUUAAUUAAAUUAACCUAAUCCUUAUGUGCCUUUGACCAGAUUCCAUAAACAACUAUUAAAAAAGUUAUUUAUUUAUUAUUUUUACAACAGUAAUUUCACAUCUUAGUGUUUUAGGCAAUGAUUUGUGGAAAGUUAUUUUUUUUAAUUAAUUACUUGGCCGUGGUACUAUGAGUUUUUUUCUGUCAAAAUGUUUGUAGAAUUUUGAAAGAAGCUGGAGCUCUCCCUGGUACCCAUAGCCUUGGCAGCCACAGUGAUAAUGCAGUGUAUGCUUGUGCAUUAUUGAGUGCAAAAAAUAUAUAAUUAAUAUUCCAAAGAAUCUCCACAAUUUUCUACUCAAACAAAAAACAAAACAAAACAACAAAAACAAAAACAGAUUCCCUCCUGGGCUGGUUGUGUUAUUUAUUUGAAAGUACUAAUGAUUAAAUUAGGUUAGAUUUAAAUUUUUGCUAUUCCAGCUUCACCUCAUGGUGUCAACCAAUGAUAUGAUAGCCUUCCUGUCCCGAUGAGCAGAUUUGGGUACAAUAUUACAAAAGGAAACAAUUACCAUAGAUAGAUCUGUGUUUUUGUUGUUCUGUAUAACCACAACAGGAAUUGUUGACUAGCUCGGAUACUGUGGCAGAUUGAGAAUAAAUGCGAAAAAUACAUGACAGUCCAUGAUUUAUGAUACAUUCUUCCAAUAAAAAUAUUCUGGAACAAGAUUUUACACAAAGCAACAAUCUUAUAAUAAUCCCCUUGUUGUUCUGAGCUGUAUUAUUCUGCUUAGCAUCACAUUAAUCUGCCAUUUAUUAAUUGCUCUCAUUAACAUGUUUUACUAACAUGCUAGUUGCUCCAAUUGUCCAGAAAAUUAUAUGUACACUGUUGUAUUUUAAUUGAAAUAUUUCAAUACUUGGAUAAAGUCUUAUUCCUAAAAAAGAUGCUCAGAAUCAUGAAGGUGCUGCCUUUGUUUAUUGCAAUAAACAAAACAUAUAUAGUAAAUGUAAAAUAAAUCAUACAGUGGACAGGUUCAAAACAUGAUUAAUUAAGAAAGUUAGAAAUUCAGAAAUUAUUGAUUUUUAAUUUCUAAUUGAGAAUAUUUCUGCAUUUUUCAAUGCUAUGAACCAUAUGGACAAAAAAAGGACACUGUAAUAUAUAUAAUGGUUACGGGGUACCAUGCUGGUAAAUAAAAAAACAAGACUACACACAGGUACACUCCUACAUCCAUACACACACACAUACUCUAUACAAAACAUGCUCACAUUCAAACAGCAAACACUGUUCAGUGCUAAACACAACCAUGCAAGGAUGGGCAAAUUGAAGAUCCCCAGCUGGCAAAGCAUGAUGGGAGCUGUACGACAGAUGGGGAUCUACUGUUUCGCUAUAUUUGUGAUAGGGGCCCAAUAAAUACUUGCACAAUGGCUCUUCUACUUUAGUUCUGGCACUGUGUUUACUGUUAAUGUUGUAUCUUGGAGGCUAUCCUUUGAGUGAUAGUAGCAGCCAACAGUUAUACCCCUACAAGGCUAUGUGUCAAGAUAUUCCUAUUGUUAUGCUCUGCACAGUUGAUUGUAUGAUACUUUGAUCUGAUUUCUCAGCCCUGGGUAUUCUUAUCAUUCUUUGAUUUUUCUUUUUGGAUUUUUUUUUAAUUACUUGCAUUGGUACGCUGUACCCAUUACAUCUAUUAUAGUAUCCGUUUUUUCCUAUACAUUUCAAAGCAUUGGAAAAUAUAGGAAUAUUCUCAAGUAUAUAUUUAGAAGCAAUAAUUUCAGAAUUUUUGUGUUCGGAUUUCUACUAUUUUUAAUUUACUUUUUGGAAUAGGUUUUAAAAACAAACACAUAACCUAGGCAAAAAUAAUGGGGGUUUAGUUACAGUAAAUUAUUAUAAUAGAUUGCAUAAGCCUGCCACAACGUGCUGCAUCUUAUAUGUAUUUAUAAGUUGAAAAAAGUUAUUAUUAAAUAGAAAAUUAAAGUAAACUGACAUAUUUGUGUCUUGCAGCUUGAGAUGUUAGUCUUAAACAUUAUUGCAAAGUGUUAAGCAGGAGGUUGGGACACACUGAUUCCUUUAAGUACCAUGAGGCCCGAUGAAGGUUCAGAGGCCAAACGCACUGAACCUUUUUAAAUGCAGAAUGAAACAGCAAGUAGUCCCAGGGCAGCUAUUUAAUGAUUUACGUCUGUACCGAACAUAAAGAAAUCUCCUGUAAAUCGGAUACAAAUAUAAUUUUCUUGUUCUUUUUAUAUUUUUGUUUAAAUAAUUACUUCAAUUCAAGGUUGGGAAAAAUAUGGACCCCCAGCUGUUGAUGACGAAUGGGGUUUUCCACUAAAAUGAGUACUCAAAGUGAAUUUAUAAUUUAAGGUCAGAAUAGCGUGAAUUGAAAGCAUGGCUACAUUUUUCUUACUUUAGUAAAUAACACUAAAAAUAUAAUGUAAUUUGACAAUGAUUUGACAUCUGACAACAAUAUGUUUAAGCACCUAAGUGCACGUCAUUUGCAAUGUAUUUAGUUGUGUAUUGAUUGUCUUCUGUAGAGCAAACUGAAGGCAUAAAAUGGGUGUGACCUAGAUACAUUACUAAGCCACAGAUAUUGAAAGGGCAAAGCCACAAACAAGUACUUGUAAUAAAUGUUGCUGGCGAGGAUGAACAGUGAAUAUCUAUAUUAGUAUUUUGAUGGAGUCCGUGUAUUGUCAAUCAUAUGGAUCAGUUUUUGGAUCAAAAAACAAGUGCUUAAGAAUACACUGUUCUAUGAACAUAUUAAGUAAAUAUGGUAUCCUAAAUAUCACAUGGAAUAUAAAUAAGCAGGAUCAAGAAUGAAAUAUUGAGAGUGUUUAAUCUGUCACAAAAUAUGAUGGAAAUGAUGCAUCCUUUACCAAUAUUGUUAUUCUACCACUCUUAACUAAAGCAGCACUGGCUCACACACACCUUUCCCACUCAGCAAAAUGAGCAUUUUGUAAAGAUAAAAUCUUUACAAAGUACUCAUAUUGACUGUGUUGGAAUUUCACUGAAUUUUUUAUUCACUGAAUUCACCAAAAGUAGGCACUACUUUGUCUCAGUAUUUUUCCUCCCUUUGACACUUCUUGACAUUGGGCGGAGCUAUCUGUGCCAAGAAGUAUCAAUCCCCCAGCCAUCACCAGUGUCAGCUCCAGAGAAUUGAUCCUAUCUAUGCAGGAUCCUGCAGUCUUGUAGGAUCCUUCAUAGACUUCAACUUCAAUGCUGUACUUUCGCUUAUGACAUCAACUGAAGUGGCAGGAGCAAAAGAGGACGAUGGUGGCGCCCACGAGGAACAGGAUCAGGUAAGUAAAUACUCACUUUUGCCUCCCACCAGAUAGAUAGAUAGAUAGAUAGAUAGAUAGAUAGAUUUGAAACAUGCGAUGAAUAGCUAGUAUAUUAGCUACUUCACUACUUAAAUUAUAAGCAUUUUUAUUUUAAUGUAUUUCGCCGAAUAUAAUCUAGUCCAUAAAGCCUCACAUACCAUUAUUUAUAGUCUAGCUAUGAUUACAAACCCGUAAAGGAACAGAUUUCUCUUUUGCCAGAAACCACUAGUCAUUUAUAUAAUGCUUGUACAUUGGUUGAAAAUAUAAUCUUGCCUCUUGCUUUUAAUCAAUACAGAGUGUUACAAUGUGUCAUAUCAUUCCUACAGCCUGUAUAUGUUUCAGAAAUUUUAAAUACAGAACCUUUAUGUUAGGAAUUUAUUAGUUGCAUGUAUUUUUUGUAUAAAGACCAGUUUAUGCCCAAAUGCAGAAAUUGUUUUUACAUUCUGUUGCUAUUUUAGUAAGCUGUACUGCUAGUAACGCCUCCAGGAUCCUUGCAAAUACAUAUAAGCAAGAUAUUUAUAUAUUUAUCAACUUUUAACACAGCUAAUGUAUGUGAGAAAAGUUGACUGUUGGCUUUUAUACUAAUAUUUCAUACCCUGUAUGUAAAUAUGGCAAGAUAAAUUAAUAAUCACUAUGUAUUCUAUACAGUUACUUUAACCCCUUCGCGACCGAGGACGGUUCAGGACCGUCAUCGGCAUUUUUGCCUUGCAGACCGAUGACGGUCCUGAACCGUCCUAACGGUCAGAGGUACUUACCUGAUCGCCGUCGUUCCCCCGGCGGCGAUCAGUGUUGCUCCGGUUGUGGGGAGACUGCCUGCAGCCCAGACAGUCUCCCCACACUGAAUUAGGACCCCUGUGGCCAUGUGAUCGCUUAAAAAAGCGAUCACAUGGUCACAAUAGGUGUCCAUGUGUCUGCCUGCAGGGGGACUGUCUGUGCUGACAGGCAGUCUCCCUGCUAGUGUAAAAUCAAAAAAAUAAAAUUAGUUAGUGUUAAUAAAAAAAAUAAAAAAAAUUAUAUAUGUGUAUAUAUGAUAUAUAGACAUAUAUUAUAUUUAUAUAAUAUAUGUCUAUAUAUCAUAUAUAUAAUGUCAUACUAAGUGUAUUUUUAUAUUAAUAUGUACUUAUAUUAAUAUAAAAAUACACUUAUAAUUAAAUUACACACGUGUAUAUAUAUAUAAUAUAUAUAAUAACUAUAUAUAUUGUAUAUAUAUAUUAUUAUAAAAUAUAAAUAAUAAGUAAUUUAAAUUAAAUUUGUUUUUAAAUAAUAAUAAAAAAUUUAAAAAAAAUUAUAUAUCUAUAUGAAAUUUUAUUCUAACUGUAUUUUAAAAUUAAUAUAUAUAUAUAUUUAUAUCAAAAUACACUUAGAAUUAAUUUGUAUAUAUAUCUAUGUAUAUAUAAAUAAAUAAAAAUAAUACGAAAUAUACAUAUGUCCAUAUACAAAAUUACAUAAAUAAUUAUAUAAAUAUACAUGUAGACUUCAAAUAUAUAAAUAUGCAUAUAUAUUUAAAUUCUACGUGCGUAUUUAUGCAAUAUUUUUACAUAAUUCAGUAAUUUUAUUGAUUGCAAUUUGAGGGACCUGCCUGCCAACCCAGGCCGAAAUUCCAGAGAAUUUAAUUUGCUAGCACUGUAUUUUACCCUGUAACGUUCUACGACACCCUAAAACUUGUACAUAGGGGGUACUGUUUUACUCGGGAGACUUUGCUGAACACACAUAUUAGUGAUUCAAAACAGUAAAACAUAUCACAGCGAUGAUAUUGUCAGUGAAAAUGACUUUUUUUGCAUUUUUCACACACAAACAGCACUUUUACUGAUGAUAUAAUAGUUGUGAUACGUUUUCCAGUUUUUAAACACUAAUAUUUGUGUUCAGCGAUGUCUCCCGAGUAAAACAGUACCCCCCAUGUACAGGUUUUAUAGCAUUUUUGAAAGUUACAAGGUCAAAUAUAUGGGUCAAAUAUUUUACAUUGAAAAUGGCCAGGUUGGUUACGUUGCCUUUGAGAGCGUAUGGUAGCCCAGGAAUGAGAAUUACCCCAUGAUGGCAUACCAUUUGCAAAAGAAGACAACCCAAGGUAUUGCAAAUGGGGUAUGUCCAGUCUUUUUUAGUAACCACUUGGUCACAAACACUGGCCAAAAUUAGCGGUCAAUUUAGUUUUUUUACUUUUUUCACACACAAACAAAUAUGAAUGCUUACUUUGGCCAGUGUGUUCGACUAAGUGGCUACUAAAAAAGAAUGGACAUACCCCAUAUUGAAUACCCUGGGUUGUCUACUUUAAAAAAAAUAUGUACAUGUGGGGUGUUAUUUAGAGAUUUAUGACAGAUAAUAGUGUUACAAUGUCACUAUUGAUAAAUUUUAAAAAUGUAUGUUUUGAAACUAUAAUAUCCUACUUGUACCUAUAGCCCUAUUACAUGCAAAAAAAAGCAAAAAAGCAUAUAAACACUGGGUAUUUUUAAACUCAGGACAAAAUUUUGAAUCUAUUUAGCAGUUUUUUUCAUUCGCUUUUGUAGAUGAGUAAAAGAUUUUUCAAGUAAAAGUAAAAAAACAUGUAUUUUUUUCAAUUUGUCAUCAUAUUUUUUUAUUUUUUUUAAAUUAAAAUACAUGAGUUUAUAUAAAUAAUGGUAUGUAAAGAAAGCCCCUUUUGUCCUGAAAAAAAACAAUAUAUAAUUUGUAUGGGAACAGUAAAUGAGAAAGCGGAAAAUUACAGCCAAACACAAACACCACAAAAGUGUAAAAAUAUGCCUGGUCGCAAAUGUACAACAUCGCAAAAAAGGUCCAGUCCUUAAGGGGUUAAUCCUCUUUUUAAUUUUAUUAAAUAAAUUGCUUAGCUCUUGUUACAAAGUGUUUGCGCUACCACUUUUUCAAUCAGAUAUUCAUUGCACACUUUUUUUUGUUUAAACAUUGUUCAUAGUUCUUAAGAGAAAUUUGUAGAAAUGUUUGUUUUUUUUGUACGUGGCCCGAAAUGAGAAUGCAUUUAGAAUGUCUGUUUUUGUAACAUAACCGAUCUUCUGAGAAAAAAUAUAUAUUGCUUUACUAAAUUUGUAACCAUCCUUCAUUAACUAUAAUGCCUGUACAUAUUAGAAUUAUACACUUUUGAAUUUGAAUCAUUAAUCACAGAUGCACAAACACUCUAAACAAUAAAUAUAUAUAUAUAUAUAUAUAUAUAUUAGCAUUGGUUAUAGGAUAUUUAGAAGUAGCACUUCUCUCAAAAUAAAGAAAAGUACAUGCAGUAAUGAUUACAUAGUAAUAUUGAUAACAGUUGAGCAUUUUACAAUAAUGUCUUAUUUUCUUAUUUUAACCCCUUAAGGACGACAGACGUACUAUGCCAUCCUUGAAAGGGUGGACUUAAAUGCUAUGUACUCACCUGGACCGGCGAUCUGCGACGAUUCCGGUCGGGGGGGACUGCUCCAGCUCCAGGGCCAUGUGAUCACCAUGAUCACAUGGCCGCAAUAGGAGUCUAUGGAGAUGCCUGUAGGGGAACUAACUGAGCUGUCAGGCAGUCCUCCUGAGUCCUAAAAUAUAAAAUAUAAAUUUUUUUUAAAAAGCAAUAAUAUAUUAGACAUAUAAAAAUAAUACAUAUGAUUUUGUGUUCUUUAUGAUAUAUACAUCUCAAAAUACACUUGCAUAUGUAUAAUGUAUUAUAAAAUGCUUUAAUUAUUUUAUAAUAUACAUUUAUAGGAAAUAAAAGUGUGUGUGUGUGUGUAUUAUAUAUGGAUGUGUAUUAUACACAUGUAUUAUAUAUGGGUAUAUAUAAUAUAAUAUAAAAAAAAUUUAAACAAAUCUGUCAAAAAGCAAUUGCAAAAUCUGAAAUUGGCAAAUCUUAUGUUUGACCCUGUAACUUACCAAAUCAUCAUAAAACCUGUACUUGAGGGGUACUGUUAAGGAGGAGACUAUAUUUAAAAGAAGAAAAACUACCACAACAAGAGGACAUAGUCUUAAAUUAGAGGGACAAAGGUUUAAAAAUAAUAUUAGGAAGUAUUACUUUACUGAAAGGGUAGUGGAUGCAUGGAAUAGCCUUCCAGCUGAAGUGGUAGAGGUUAACACAGUAAAGGAGUUUAAGCAUGCGUGGGAUAGGCAUAAGGCUAUCCUAACUAUAAGAUAAGACUAGGGACUAAUGAAAGUAUUUAGAAAAUUGGGCAGACUAGAUGGGCCGAAUGGUUCUUAUCUGCCGUCACAUUCAAUGUUUCUAUGUUUCUAUGUUGUACUCGUGAGACAUGUGUACUCUACACAAAUAUCAGUGUUUUAGAGCAGUAAAAUGUAUUAUACUAAUGAUAUCAUCGGUGAAAGGGCAGUUUAUUUGUGAAACAUGCAAAAAACCUAAUACAAAAUGCAAAUUUUUUAUUUUGGCCAGGGUUUUUUACUAAGUGGCUACUAAAAAAGACUGGACAUACCCCAUUCUGAAUAUCCGGGGUUGUCUACUUUUACACAUGGUAUGCCAUGAUGGGGUUAAUUUUCAUUCCUGGGCUGCCAUACAGUCUCAAAGGCAACAUAGGCCCAGCAAACCAAUCUGGCAAAUUUUCAAGUGUGGGUGCACUUAAUAUGAAAGAGGUGAAUUACAGUUGAACCACAUGUAGCGCAAAUUACUGGUUUUGUUUACGUUUUGUUUUGAUCGCAACUUUUACAACUGGCUCAGUCCUUAAGAGAUUAAAGAUCACAUUAUUUAUAAUAAAUAAAAACAAUAACUGUAAACAUAAAACUUAUUUGUAAUCAUGCACUGAGACAGGCUCCUCACUGUAUCUUUUGCCCUUCCUUUGUUUGAUGCUUCUCAUAAACAGUAAACAUGGUUGGCAUCAUCGUGCAGUGACGACAUCGAACAUGCAGACGAGGAGGCACCUGGGGUGGCUGUCAGGAUGACGUGUUUUUAGACAACAUGUGAAUAUUGGUGUUUCUUCAAAAUAAUAAUGUUUUUCAUUGCCAGAGUACAGGAACAGGAUUUAUGGACCAACACCGCUUUAUUAUGAUAAAGUGGUUUUGGUGCAUCUUUAGAAUUCCUGGAAAACGUACAUAUUCUCUUCCAGGGCACAGAAAAUUGUUGACUUUUUCUAAGAGGUCAGUUAGAAGGUCAUCAAGAAGUAAGCAAUUAGUAAUGUAAUGGUUAGAAGUCCUUUGUCUUAUAUAUAUACCUGUAUAUAUAUAUAUAUGUAUAUAUAUAUAUAUAUAUAUAUAUAUUCCUUUUACACACUUAAGCAAUCAAUUUAACACAGACCAUGAACAAUAACAGGACUCGGUUUAACAAACUAUAAAUACAUUUAUUGACUGAGCUAGCUAAUGGCUCUCUAACUCUAUUUUUAAAACAAGCCGAUUCCACUUAACAACAUGUAGAACAACAGGCAAAUACCACAAAUGGGAUUGUUGUCACUGGAACACUGCUUCCACCUGUGCAUCAGUAUAGUUUUUGGAUUCAAAAUAUCUUUAUGUAAGUGCAUGCGCUAAAGAAACCACAGCUUUUAUUAAACACAUUCACCCUUCUCAUGAACUUGUGUUUUAUAAAUUCCAAGAUUUAGAUUUUUGCAUGCUUGUUUACAAAUUAGAAGAAUAUAUUUUUCCCUCUACAUUAUCUCUUAUUAUGCAGGAUAACAAAUGUAUUGUUCUGUUUGAUGGGAUCUAGCAAGCUUUCAGAUGUACAUUAAUUGCAGUACAUUUCAGUAUUUCUCCAUAAGUAUGCUUAUGAUUACUUACAAUUACCUUAGUGGAAGACUUCCCUGAUGCAUUGCAGAUGUUUUAGUGGCUCCCGUUGCAUACAGUGACAUAAAAAAGAACACUACAGAGUUAGGAUUGCAAACCUCUAUUCAACCUCUAUUCAUAGUGCUACAGUGUUCUAAUAUGUGAUUAGUUUUAGGGCACCCCCACAAUUUGCAGUAAAAAGUUGAAAAUAAAAUUUUUACUUACCUUUCCUCCAGCGCCAAGUCUUCUCUGGAGCUGCUGCCCACUCCUCGUCCCUCAAUGUCAUCCAAUCCAAUGCUUGUUAUUGAGGAGCACUGGGGAUGAGUUAAUUUAAUGCUUUUCUAUUAACUGCAUUUGAUGACAUUCACAUCAUGUGAGCAAGUUUUAUUCAAACGUUGCCUCAGAAGUCCAUAUAGUAGCCGAAUAUGUGACACCCACUAGAGGUGUAUUUACCCACUAAGAUAAGGUGGUCUUUGUAACAUCAGUGGUCCUAUAAGUACUCAUAUGUGUAAUGAAACUACCAGUAGCUUCAAUGGCCUGAGAACACCAGUUUCCUAAAUUUGAAAGUGCAACACGAUCAACAACAGAUCUCAACCUAUGUAAAAUUGCAAACAAAUCCCACAAGUGUUUUUUUUUUGUUUUUUUUAAUAGAUUUGAUUUAUCUGCUCAUUCUGUGAAUGUUCCUUUAAGACAGCUGUAAAAGAAAAUAGACCUCUCUAUAGUUUAAUAUUUGUUUUAUCACAUUAUUAUACACUUCAGCAACAAACAUAAAGAUAGUACUUUUUCACAGCCAGUAUGAUUAGUUCAGUGAGUUUCCUGCUCAGCGAGCACACACUGCUGAAUCUACUCCUAUAUGGGCUGAUAUCUCAAGCAUGUUUAGCAGUUCCAUGAAAUCAAUUUAAAGUUGAGAGCUGCACACAGCCUUUUGGAGCUGUCCAUUCUGCCCAUUAUAUUAACCAGUAAAGCCUCAUCUGUCAUUACUGACGGGGUUGGCUCUCUACAUUGCUACCUAUAUUAAGAUUACUGGACCUAUUGGACAAAUUCAUGUUUACAGUAUAUUUAGAUAACAUUUUCUAAAAUUGUAAGUACAUUUUAGAUAUUAUCAAUGUUUGAAUGUGUGUGAUCUAUAUAACCUAUGGCCAUAUUUUAAUAUGAGGGAUAGCAGAUGCAACAUGCUUAAAGGUGUAGCAUUAGGAAUUCAAACCUUUAUACCUGGCACAAUAGUGUCCUUAUCCCUAAUUAGAUUCAGGUACCCCACUUAUGAUGUGUAAAAACCUGUAAAAAAAGAUUUUAACUACACUUUUUCCACCAUCACGACUUUCUCAGCUCUGCUACCUGACCUGCCUUCCACAACAUCACCAAGGAGACAUCGCUUCCUUGUCCCUGGUCCAAUUCAAUGCUCCUCAUUGGGGAUCUGAUGCACAUUUGCUGCAAGCCCUGCAUGCACACAUCCAACUAUAUGCUUUGUAUAGGGAAGCAUUGAAUUAAAUACUUUCCUAUGAGCUGCAUUUUAUGAUGUCCAAUGUCCUCCUAGACAUGGAACAUCAAAUGACUGAGUCAAACUUGGUUGCUACAGUGGAAGCGCCUCUAGUGCCUGUCAGCCAGACAGCCAAUAAAAGUGUGUUUAACUCUAACAGCUAAACACUGCUGUUUAUGGAGAAUGGCAAUGGUUUUCCACUUGUAGGGCCACUGCAUCCAAACCACUUCAUCAAGGUGACUUUAGAGGUCCUUUAAGAGAUAUAAAAUAUAGAGAAUGAUUUUGCACAAUUCUUGUAGUUUAGAGGGAUUCUCCAUGCACCGUGGCCAUUUCAGUAAUUUGAAGUGUUCAUGGUGCUUGGAGUCUGUAUAUGCAGCAUUUAGCUAUGAAUUGCAGCACAUAUGGUAUUUAGAAGUUUUACUGGGGUGUCAUUAGCCAGCUCCAGGCUUGUUAAUGUCAAUUUUGCCAAGAGUUCCAGGCUUCUUAAGGUCAAGUUUGUGCAUUUAUUGGCUGAAUGUGGUCAGUUGGCACUCUCAGUCAAUGAAUGGCCAGUGUGAUCUACAUCCAGCUUCUGCUGCUCAGAAGAAGUGGAUAUAUGAUGCUGUAAAAUAUCUAGUCAUGAAGCUUGGAGUAAACCUUUAGGUUUUUAGCCCGUGACAGUUGAUACACGUGUAGGAUAUUCCAGAAGGCAGCAUAUUUCAGAACAGUUCCUCACGGCAUGGGAAAGUUCCUUGAUGAGAAUCAUAUUUAUACUCCCGUCAGUGUCCCCAGGUCUUAGAAUUACCUGCACAAAUGGACAUAAAAUGAGAAUGUUUGGUCAUUUAAAAUUUAAGGCCAAAAACUGGCUGAAUUGAAAAAACUCUCCAAGUCAGCUAAUCUCCAAUCCAGGUUGACUAUUUUGGUCUGCAUUUUUAAAUUCACUUAGAAUUCCUGACAAUUCUCACAUUAUUAAAUAACCCUGUAUCUGUAGUCUGGGAUGCAGUCAAUGGAGAACACCAGACUUUUGCAAGUCUGCUGUUUAGACACGUGUUCUAACAUGCUCCAAGUUACCCGAUAUCCUGUCUAAGGAAUGUUUGAUGUUAACUUUUGAUGUUAAAAAUUCAGCAGAUUAGGUUUGCCACCAGUUUAUCAUCAUCAUAAUCCGUAAUUUUCUGGUUAGUGACCAUGACUUGAAGUCCUCUGUGAAUGGCUGAAGGCACCAGAGUGCCGUCACAAAUUAUGUAUUCUUCUGAUGGGUCAGUUAUGGUUUCUGCUUAUACAGAGAAAUCUGCCAGAACCCCAAUAGAGAGAGGAGGGCAUGAUAAGACUUAAAAGGCUAAAUUUAGUCUGUACAUAUGCCAAAUUGAUGGAGAAAAGGUUAUGUAAUCACUGACCCUUUAAAGCCUGUGUUCACUAAGAGCCUGGAAGUUAUAUAUAUCAAGGAUUUACUCCUUUGCAACAUGUAUACUCCAUAAAAUCAUGAUCUGUGUGGGCUGAAUAUAUUUUUUAGAAUUGUGUUUUAUAAAUUAUUCAUAAGUAAUAUACAACUUUGAAGAACAGAAGAAGGUAACUAUAAGAAAAUAAAGACACACUGAUAGGAGGCGGCUUUUCAGCAUUAUUGAGGGGAAACAGAUAUAGACACAGAUGGUACAGGUUAAUUUCGUGAGGAUGCAAAUAUUCUUCACAGUUCAUUUUACAGAUGGCUAGUUCUAAAUGAGUGUUGAAUAUGGGAAUUUUUUCAACUUAUCUUGCAUGAGUUAACACAAAAUGGUGUUUAUAAAAAUGUGAUUUAAAUAUCAUGCCACUUCAUAAGUCUCGUUAAAUAAGCAGUUGCACUAAUUAACCCCUGUCACAUUAACAAUGCUAAUUACACUAUGAGUGUUAAAAUAUGAGAGCAAACUAUUCAAAAGUCAAAGCACUGCAUUGUUUUAAUAUGCAGAAUCCUCUCAAUCCUCACUAUGCUCAAACAUGUUUUAUGCAGAAGCAGAUUGGAAACUGUGACGAUCGAAGAAUUAGAAAAUAAAUAUAUAUAUAUAUUAAGAAAACAUGUGACUUGUGUUAUAUGGUGUAGAUGGCUGUGCCAGGCUGAUACCUUCCUCUAAGUAGCCAGGGAACUUAAGAGCUAAUGGAGGUGUCAUUCCCACUCUGUGCCCAAAAUGCUUGUAUCAAAGUAAUUUAAAAAAAAUCUAGGUCAACUCUCAGUAAGCCUGUUACAUCUAGAGAGGGCAAAGUGGGCAUUUAAUUGGUUUGUCUAGUGGAAAGCACCAUGUCAGUGUCAUUGUAGAAACUAACGUAUUUGUCAAUGAACGCACAUAUGCACGUUUGGGUAUCUGUGUUUCUGCUAGUGUUUGUUGCAAAGAAAGCAAAAGUAAAAUGCACACACUAAAAAAAGGGGAAUAUUCCCUGCAGGGUGCUCCAGACUUGUAAAAGCUUCAGAGAGGAGCCAAAAUGUUGUCUCCACUAACCUGUUUUAAAUAAAGACUACUUUUUAGAAGAAACCUCAGAUGUGCCUGGAUAUUUCUUUUUUUUCCAUCUGCUAGUGUUUGUGUCCACAUUUAGAAUCUGUCACAAAAUCCAACAGCGCCCUUGCCAAGUUUAAGCUCUGCAUGCACCCCUAGUGUGGCACAGCCUGGUGUCCCAUUUUGACACCCAGAUGUUUUUUACACAUCUGAGAUGCUGAAUUUAAUGUUCACUGAUUUAAGGUAAUGUUAAUGGAUAACAUGGAGAGUAGUACUCUUAAAGAACAUAUUUAAAGCUCCCCAUAACCAUUUGAUUGGUCUUGAAUCUUGGGAAAAGUUCACAAACAUCCCGAGAGUCACAAUUAAGCCAUUAGGGAGAAAAUGUAUUCAGAGUUUUGGGUUUGUUGUCUUAGUCUUUACGUUGGGUGGAAUCAUAUAAGGCAUCAAAUAAUCAUUUGUAAAAUCACAGAAAAUUGGCUGUCACUAUGCCUAAAGUAGCAAUUAACAGGUUGUACUUGUACUGCUUUGCUGCUGGUAUCCCACGUUGACCUGUGCUAAAAGCUUUUUAUUUCAUUACCUUAUGAAUGGCUCGUAACAUAAUGUUUUGAAAAAUACAAGGCUGUACAUUGCGUAUCAGUGGAAAUAAAAAUGUACUGUAUAUACAUAUACCCAGAAUCCUUUGCAGUAGUAACAUCACUGCAGGUUUGUGAUUUCUGUGGGAAAAGCAAGUCUUAUGGCUUGACUGGUGUGUAGAUUUUGGUUUAACAUUGUAUUAACUAUCCACAGACUUCAGGUGGAAGGGGUUUUCUAUCACAAUUUUUUCCCCACCAUAACCUUUUCUUUUUGGUUUUUGCUUCCCAAGCACUACCAAGCCUCAAUAAGCAAACCAGUAACCAACCUCAUGCUGAUGAUUUGCAUUAACAAUGAAACAGCUGUCCAUGAGUGGUUCACUGGCUUUGCAUCUUUUCCCAAGUUGUGUUUCAAAGCUGUUGUAUACAACAAACACAGACUCAAAGGAAUCCAUGUUUAAAAUUGAAUGAGGAAAAAAUGUGAUGCUUUGUUAAACUAAUUUGCAUAUAGCCACCCAGAAUCCUUUGUGGUAGUAGCAUCACUGCAGAUUUGUGAUUGCUGUUUUUUUUUUGUUUAACAUUAUAUUAACUAUCGAAAAGAAAGACACAGCACUUAACUACAAGCACAAGUACCAAUAUAUCAUAGACACAAUGUUCAUGUACUAGAGCCGGGAUGGGCAACCUUCAGCACUCCAGAUGUUUUGGACUACAUCUCCCAUAAUGCUCUUACACCCAUAAUGCUGGCAAAGCAUCAUGGGAGGUGUAGUCCAAAACAUCUGGAGUGUUGAAGGUUGCCUAUGCCUGUACUAGAGUGUCAGACAUGUUAGAAACACAGUAGCAGAAGAUACAGUAUCUCUUAGGGUUAUCAAAUGUGCAAAAUGGUAGGAGGUGUUCAUCCACUGCCCAAAACCCAAAUCAAUCUCCUUAGCCCUCAAAGAGGUGAUAGACCAGUUGAGAGAGAGCCAGGGUAAAGCAUACAGGAAAGAAGACAGAGGAAGUAGAGUUAGAUGGUGCAAAGUUAGGUCAGGUAGAGUGAAAGAGUCAAUCAGAUGGAGAUGAAGUGUGAGAAUAAGUUGAAGGGAGGUCGAGACAAGGAAGAGCACCACUACCAGCAGCUUAUGGUCAUACCCACAGGACUUGGGGAAAAAAUAAUCAGCAUUCCAGUUCACCCCUCCCACGUCCACCCCCCCAAACUCCACUGACCAAUCAGGCAGCCACUGAAACCACAUGUUAACAUAGCGUUGGUUAUUGUCCACUGCUGCAAGUAUAAGCUGCUCACAUGAGCCGAUUUCCUUCACUCUAAGAAUCCAGUCUUGUAUGAUGGGCACUUCUGUCCACUUCCAGCAGGUGGGUAUAAGACUACAGGGGUUUAUCAAGUGGGAAAGAACAGAUCUUUGAAAAAAAUCAGAUGGAAAAAAAGAUUAAAAUGGAACAGGUAGGUUUCUUCAUCAAAUGGUAGUCGGGUGUCUGUCAGCUAGAAAACAACUGUGUAGAUAGCAUUCCAGAAUGAUCUGAUCACAAGACACUUCCACCAAAUAUAGAUGAGAAUGCCAAGUGCUCUCCCACAGCACCAACACUCUGGUUCUGUGAGUAAGCUUCUCAGUGUAUGAAACCAGUGAAUAAGUAAUUUAUAUCCCAAUGGUAGCGGGUACAAAUACAGGACUUAUGAGUCUGGAGGAAUAUCCGUUCCGAUUGGGAAUCAUCAAAUGUUUUGUAGAAAGGCCUUUAUCCAGUCCUUGGUAUUUGUACAUCUUUGCAUGUUCCUUCUUUUUAAUGUUAAAGUUACUGGGUAGAAACCUUUUUUUUUUUUUUAUGACGGACUCCAAACAUGUAAAGCAUUUCAGCAUGGGCCUUAAAUGAGUGUUUAAGGCUCAUGGAGCAGUUGUGAUAAUAUUCUGACAAUCAUUAAAUAAUAUUAAAGUUAAUUCCUUCACUACUGAUAAUUGAAAAAAAAUAUUAGCAUGAUAUUUAUUUGACGCAAGGGAUACAAAGCUAGCAUACAAACAUUAUAACAGAAAUGCUGUGUAUAGAUCUCUUGACAAAAAUGAAACCCAAAAUAAUUUUAUUAAAAAAGUUUGUCUUUUUCCAUUGCUAGUAGAAACAACUUAUAAUACAUUUACAUCAAAGAGGGCGUGAUAAUUGGUUUCUACUGAUCAUGUUUUGCCCGUACUGUUUUGUCAACACUUGUAAAUCACUUCAGACAUCCUGACAGUUAAAUUGCAAAAUAUCUUAGAAAGAUGCACAAUUUGAAGUUUUGAAAUAAACAUGUUAUUUGUUUCCUAUGACAUUCCAGCAGUGUUUACAAUUUGGAUUUUAUAGAACCUUUAAAUAACUAAUUUGAAUGUGAUGAGUCUCAACUACAAAGAGUAACAAUUACUAUGCUUUACACCCCAUUCACUGUUUUAGUUGAUGCAAAAGGUUUCAAUAAGGGAUGGCCGUGCAACAACAUGUAAUUAACUUGAUUGCAUUAUAAAGUAUUGCAUAAAUUAUAACUAAUUAUGGCUAAUGGUAUUCAUGUCUUCAGCUAAAAUUAAUCUAUUGAUGAAAAGUACAUUGAAGACAAAGAGCGUGUGAAGUGAAAUUUCAUCAAUAUAUCAGUUUCAGACAGACUUCCCCUCCCCACACACAUUGGUUUAACCUUUUAAUAGUUUACCAAUGUUUUGGUAAGAAAAGCUUCAUAUACAGGUAACUGACACUAACUAAAAGUCAAUGUUUAAUCCUCAUGUACAAGAUAGCAAUAGAUGCUAAUUUGUUGCCAAUGUGGUUCUGGAUGUAAUGCAGGAUUUCUUCAUAUUUCAGUGACUGUCUUUGUAGAGUAGGUCCUCAUUUUCAAUUAUUUCUUUGACAUGAAUCUUUUAGCAAAAUAAGCAUUUAGAAGCAGGAUAAGCAUCAUAACAACAUGCUAUUUCCAAACUGUUUGGAUAAAACUGGAGGUCCCCGAGGCAAUCAUGGUCUGGGCCCAUCUUUAACUAUUCAUAUAUAGUUGUUUUUUAUAAAGUAUAAACAAGAACUUGAGAACUGCAUACAGUCAAAUCCAUCACUAGGACUGGAACCAGGUUAAAUGCAAACACUAUUAAAUAAAUAAAUGGUAUUACCUUGGCCACUUAGAAAUAAAAUGGACAGGCUACAUUAGAAGAGGAAAAUGGUCCUAAACUACAGUCAAAUGUAGAAGCCUGCUUGACUAUAAUAAAUAGAACCUGGGUUAUUGGAGAAAUGCCAAUAAUCUACAUUACCAGCCCUCUUUAACUAGUCUAUAGUCUCAGAAAGAUAAUAGGAAACAGAUAGACUGGGUGGAAAACCAUGUGCUAAACGUUUAUAGUGAAAACAGUGCCCAACAUGCACUUAUUGCAAAACCAAAGUCAAUCUGUCUAGUUACGUAUUUUCCAAAGUUACAUAUUAGUAAAAGAGGGCUGGUAAUAAAGGUUGUUGUAAUUUCUAAGUUCUAACUCUGUUCACCUGUGAAAAACUAUCCUCCUUGUUUGUAUGAGCAGCACUAUGUGUUGUGUUUUCUUAACAAGUAUUCACAUUUCACAAAUGUACCUCCGUGGAGUUAUCUCAGUGGCCAAGGUGUUGAUAAAGUCAUGAAUGAGACUCUGCACUAGAGGUACUUACUGCAUAGCAUACAUUACACUUAUUAUUAUAUAGAGUUUGAGAAAUAGGUAUAAUUGUAAGACACAUGUGGGCGUGGGAAUUUUACACAUAAUUUGUUUCAUUAUUGUACCCAAUUGCAUACUAUUUUCUUUAGGCUUGACAAUACACGUGACUCCUAUUUACUAGUAUAAUUUUUUUUUGCCAUAUUUUUCAGUCAUUCAUUGACUGAACAGGUUAGUAGUCUAACUGGUUAUGAUGCCUACACAUUACAUUACAUUACAUUACAUUACAUGCAUUUUGCAUUUAAAUCUGCUGGGUGUGCAACAUUUGAGAGAUAGUUUUUUUUUGGUUUUUUUUAAAACAAAAUACAAAUCCCUUAACUAAGUAACAGAGUAAUUUGUUGGGGCCAAACCGGAAAAUCUAAUUUUGUUCAUAAUAUUUAAUUAAAAAUUGUAUAUCUGAUUUUUUUUUUAGAUGUCUAGACAAUGAUUGCUUUAAUAAUAUUAUAGUCUCAUUUUUUCUUGUUCUCAAUUGAAAAAUCAUUACAUUUAACCAGUAAUUGUAAUGUUAAAUGUUGGUCUACAGUAAGACUAAAACUAUUAGGUGAAUGUAAAUGUAAAAACCUCAGCUGUAUAUGUAAAGUAUAAUAUGAAAAAAUUUUGUAAAACAACAAAUUACAUCUUAGGAUAUGAAGAGAUAAUUAUACAUGGGUUAUUAGUUUUAAAUAUUAAAGGCCAAUUGGAAAAUAAUCUUAUCAAUGUCAGAUCAUUUAGAGUUUUAAAAAGGGUAAAAAAUCAAUAGUAUACACAUUAUUUUAAAUGUGAUAUCUGGUGGCAUUCACAAUUAUAUACGUAACAGAUUAUAUUUAAAGAAAAAUAUGCUAUAGGGUAAAAUGAUUAAUUAGUUUUAUUGCAUUAUAUAGCUAAUUUACAAAACAUAAUGCAAAAUAAAAAAGUAAACUGUGUGCUGUGUAUUUGUGGAUUUUAAGAGUUUUUUCGUAUAGAAACCGAAUCUCGUGAGUGUAGUGAGGAGACUGAUUGUUUUUGUGUGUGUUUUUUUUUUUUUUUACCUCCCACCAAUCUUUUGUCUUUUGGCAGGAGGAACGUAUAAUCCAAGGUGAUCCAGUGGUCCCUCCUGGUGAGGGAGCAAAUAGUCUGAACCUCUGUCAUGCACUCCUUUGAGAUCUCUGUGCUCAGUUAUUAAUUCUGAGUGCUGGCUGUUAAACUCUGAAUCAUUGAAUGUUGAGACCUUGAGGGAGCUCUUAAAGUGAUAUGCACUUAACUAAAGUGCAUAUCAUAUGCCCCUACAAUGUAGAGGGGGGUGCAGGGCUGAACAGAUAGAUCUUUUGAAGCAGUGUACCCAUCAACUAUCAGAGCCAAUGCUCUAGGCACUGAGAGUGGCCCACCAGAUCCCUGUCUAAGCCUGGGGGCCCUAGGCCACCACCUAUUUCAUAAUCCAACUGUAGAAGUGCAAGAGAAAGUAAAAAGGUAAUAUGACAGACCAUUGAAAAGCUAAAACAUACAAUUCACUCCAGUGAAUUAGAACUUGGAUAGCUGUGGCUCAUAGAUUUCAUUCAGCUUGUGAUCAAGUCAUGGUGUCUAGCUGUCAAAUGUUCCAUUUCAUUGAUAUACAUGUUUUUAUAUAUUAGGUAUAAGGUCGAUACAAGAUCAGGCUGAAGAGGGAAACAGAGAGGUUUUUAAAAUAAAUUAAUAUUAAUAAGAACUCUAAUAAUGAGCUAUAUCAAAAACUCGGUUUGUGAAAAAAAUCAUUUUUGUCGCUAUAAAGUUGAAAUUUCUCUAUGUAACAGAUAAAAACACUGAAUAAGGUCAUCAGUUAGUUUCUAAUACUAUGAUCUGAUCAGAGAGUUAUUGCCGUUUAAAAUGAGCACAUUAAGAUGAAUCUAGAUAACAGAUAUUGAGGACAAUGUUGGUUUUAAAAGCUUUAGAAGUAUACAAAUAGAAUAUAUCUACUGUAAAAGGGGCAGGAAAGAUGUUAAGAGCUGGGAAAUGGUAUGCUAACCAAUAACUGGAGUCUAGUCACUUUAUUUUGCCUCAAAGCAGACAUACAGCAACAGGAAAACCUAAGGAACAAGGUGUCCUAUACACAGGAAAGAUAAUGUAUUACUGGUCCUUACAGUGGCCUAAUGUGGGAUAUUAUAUAGACAAUAGAGUAAACAAGGAGAGCCCGAGGUCAAGGGGUAAAGAUAUAUGGGUAAGACAGAUAACAAAACUAAGGUCUAGGAUUCCAGAGAUCAGUGUAGUCAAGUCAAUCAUCGGAAAAACACCAGAUAACAAUAUUACCCUCUUGGGUAACUGAGAUUGUACUAUGGCAAGAAGGAUUGAUCAGAGUGGUCAAUAGUGGCUUGCAUCAAUUAUGAACCAAAAAGGUAUGAGACCAAUGUCACUGAAUGGUUGCAGACUUGUGAGAUAUAUAAUAAAAAAUUAAGUGAGCAUUGGGGUACCUACAAGGGGUUUAAGGAGAAGCAGUCUAAGUAGAAAAAGAUGCCAGAAUGAAUCCCACCAUUAACAUGAGCAUGGUAGAGUCCAGAAGGUGCAGGAGACAUGACAAUUUGUAGCUAAGUGUAGUCACAUGGCUUGUUUCUCAUGAUAUUGUUGCUACUUUUUACCAACCAGAUGUUAAAGUGCCUGUUGCUAUUGAGAGCAUGUAGUAACUCUUUAAAUUUCACUAUUAGCAACCAAAAUUAAUGGCUGUCUCUGCUUAGCGCAAGUUGCUAAUGCUACUUAGCAACACUUUUCUGACUGGUUUCCAGUCCUGUUGCUACCGUUCCACAUCUGCCAAUAACUUUCAAAAUUUAACUUCAACCUCUUGACUGCUGCCAAGAUCAUAACCACAGCUAACUCCCUAUAAAUCCAAUAGGAAAAUUAUAUGUUCGCUAUAUUUUGAUGUUAUCACAGUAAGCCAGUAAAAAUGUGAUAUAAUUGAAAACUAACUACUAACUUCCAUCUGUUACACAUAGAUACAAGGUCAAGGUUGAAAAUGCUCCUCUAGUUGGCCAUAUCGAUUAGACAAUGAAAACCCAAGUUCUGCCUGGACCAUAUUAUACUUUCUAACUUUAAUCUGACAGAUAUGAAUUACCUUGACAAAGCUUGCCUUAAAGUAUUAAAACUUCAUAGCUAGAUCUCUACCACAAAAAAAGGAAAAUUAUUCAGUCCAUAUAGGUAAAGGAAAAAGAGCCUUAUAUUCUUAUUUGACAUCAUGGCUGAGAAAUGUAGCGGAAUGAACUGUAUCAACUCACAUAUUUAAUGGGACUUCAUUUUAUGCUUUAGUGAGAAAUACAAAAAUUGUUUCUUAAAGAAACAAUCUUAUAAGAAUGGAAAAUUCAUGAAAAAUACAAAGAUUCAUGUGAAGAGAGGUAACAAAAUUAUCACUUACCAAGACUGAGAUUACAUUAAAUGCAAACUAAAUCACAUAUGACAUUAAUUUAGUUUAUUUAGUGUAUGUCGUGAAUUUAUGGAAAAUUAUUCCCAAUAAAUUAUUGCAAAUGAAACCUUGUUUAAACAUCAUGGAAAUAGUUUAUGGUUCAUUUCUUGCUAAUCUGAACCCUUUUUGAUGAGUCCAUAACAUGACUCAAUGCCUCCAUAACAUCCUCCUUCAUCAUUUUCAAAACUAGUAAUUAUUCUAAAUAAUAAUUAAAAAAAAAGCUUAUUGAGACACAAACUUAAAGCUUUUGAUGGAUUUGAGAUAUGACUAAUACACUCUAUAAUGCAUAGUUUAGAAAAAGCUGUGGCAUAAAAAUGCGACCAUAAAGUGAUCAGGCUUGUUUAUAUAAAUUACCACAUGAUACAAAUUGAAUUUGAAAAAUGGUAGAUCGCUCGUCAAGGUUUUGAUGAAUAAAUGAAUGGAUGAAUAAUUGCCUAGUCUUGACGGGAAAAAAAUCUUUCAUGAAACAAACUACAAAAGCCAAAUGUCAAAUGGGAAUAGAAUUUAUUUCCAAAGGCAUGUUAGACUGAAAUAUUAACAAAAUCCUACUUCAUUGCUGGUACAUAGAACAAUUCAUUGAGGUUAUUUGAUUUUAUAUUUUAUACUGUUUAUAAGCCUGCGGUUUUAUACAAAGGCAUGACCUAAUAUAGAAUGACCUUGUUUUACUUUUUUUUUCUUCUAUGUUGACGUUUAAAGAAAAAACUCAUAUGAUUCAACUAUAAUCAGAAAUUAUUUUUGUUUAAGGUACUUGGAAAAGCACAAACUGUAGAUAAUAUAGCGUUCAAAAUAAAACUUGUUUUGAUAAUAUUGUUCAUCAACUUAAAUUGUAAUAUUAUUAAUGAAGUGAGUAGCUUAGCGAAACACAUAAUUAAAAACAAAUAUAAAUCAAACAAGACUUUUUUUUAAUUAGCAUUGACAGUGUCUUUACAAUUAGGUGAAUUCGUAAACAGAAUAAAUAUUAUUUAGGGCAAACAUUUUGAUAUUCUCUUAAUGAGUAACAUCAACUACUAUGCAAAUUAUCGUUUGUAUGAAGCAACAAGACAGACAGACUGUCCCGAUAUAUCGCUGUUCCAUUAGUUUAUUUUAUAUACAAUGGCAUCUAUAUUUCUUUUCUUUAAACAAAGAUAUUAUUAAUCCCUUAACUACCACUUAUGUAUUUGGGAGAAAAAAAAUCAUAAAAUCAAAUUUAUUUUAAAAAUCUCUUAAUAACAAGUAUUUUAAUUUGUUAUCAAAUGUAUCUUUUAUUGAAAAUGUAGGAUUAUAUGAAACAAGGGAUACUUCUCUAGCAAAUAUAUAUACAGUGGAUAAAAUAGAUCCAAUGGAUAAAAUAGUGGAUAGAAUAGAAGUAUAGGUUGCUGUUUAGAGAAAACUAAAAAUAGGAAUAUUAGUGGCAUUUUUUAUAUCUAUUUCUUUAUUGUUAUGAUCUGCCUGCACAGUACUAUGCUUUAACAAAAGAAAGAUGGGCACACCCGGUUGAUAGCCAUUAACGAUGGACUAAGAAAACUAAUAUACAUCAGGGUGCUCACUUCAAAAGCUCCAUUUCCAAAGAGCUAAUAAUAUAAUCAUAUAAUAAUGAAAGGAGGAGCACAACCAAUAAAAUUUUUUUGAUAUACUCUUACUGAGUAACAUCAACUACUAUGCAAAUUAUCGUUUGUAUGAAGCAACAAGACAGACAGACUGUCCCGAUAGAUCGCUGUUCCAUUCGUUUAUUUUAUAUCCAAUUUAUCAAGGGCGGAUAGCGCCAAAACGUUGGGGGCGAUUUUGUAUUUGACGUCUUCACCCUCUUCUCAUGUUCCAUGAUAGGGGCUGUGGUUGGUAUGUAUUUUUUUGGUUCACUAUCUUACACAGGUAUCAUAACAUUGAUGUUGUGUAUCAGUGGUUAUACCACUUAAUGUGGAUUAUUUAGACCUGCAUUUUCCUAUUUUUUCUUUGGUCCCAGUCAUUGUUUACAUAUUGGGUAGAUAUGUUUAAGUAUAUUGUUAUUCUAUAUUGUCCUUGUUGAUACCUGUUAUAUGUGAGCCUGUACAAUAAAGUUUUUUGCAUUUUUAUUAGUUGUGCUCCUCCUUUCAUUAUUAUAUGCACAGUACUAUGUUAACAUAUGGAGGGGCUGAUUUUUAUUUAGUUCCAGAAGAAUUGUGCAUUAUUUUUGUUAUGCUAUGAAGCUGGGUGGCCUCAUAUUUUGUCCUGAUACAUCCAGGCAUUAUAAGGGAUAAUAAUUUCCUCUGAAGUGAAUUAAUUUUUAUUUAAUUAUUUGCCAUAAAUGCAUGUGCCUUUGAGAGUUAUUUUUAUUUUUUUUCUCCUCUAAACUUACUAAUAUAAAAAAUGUUAAACUAACAGAUGCCCCAUCAGUCAAGGCAGAACAUUUUGGACCGUUGUUUUACCAUCAUGUCAACUAGCCACAGGUUAGCAACUUUCAGUCAAGGUUCAAAACAAGAGUGACACACAACUUUAACAUUGAGCUUAAUGCAACCCUGCUAGUCUUGACCAACACACAUUAACAUGAACAAAACAGAUGCAAUGAAAGCUAGCUCUAGAAACCCAGGUAAAGUUCAUGGAAAGUCUAAAUCUAAGCUGUCAGACAGUCCUCAGGCAGCUUCUGAAGCUAAAUUUUUGUAGCCAAACAACAGAUGGAAGGAUACUUGAAGGGCCAUGUGUUUAAACAGCAACAGCGUCAUUCUAGAGUAUAGGGACAUAAAUAUUCAAUCGAAGAGGGUGUGUACGCCCUAGAAACGUCAAUGAUUAAACUAGGUUAAUCUUUUGCAUUACGUCUGGAGCCGCCAUGGAAUAUUUGUGAUGUUAUUUAUGCACAUAGGUUGGCAGUAACAGUGUCCAUAUGGGUGCACAGCAUUGUUAGCAUGUGCUUGUACUAAAGAGAGAUAUUUCAGGUAGGAAGCAGGAUAUAAUUAUAUGAGUGCACCUGUCAGUUAAAUUCCUAAAAAUAGACAAAUUAACGUAUUAGUGGAUAUGUUCCAAAGAGUCAGUUGCAUCAAUAAAUGAUUACUUUAAACGUUAGUGGAAAGACCAUGUGGCAGAAAACAUACACUCCACUGGUUCUGCCAUGUUUAGAUCCCUAGUUUUUAAUUUAAACUAUCAGAUUAAAAGGGAACUAAUAAUUCCUAUGAUUUUUAAUUGUAGCUUUAUUUAUCCUGUAUUAUUAACAUAUAUUCAUUUUUUUAAUGCCUGAAAAUCUAAAUUAAAUGUAGAAAACAAAACUGGUGUAUUUACCAUUGUCCUGGAACUGAGCACGUCCAUCUUGGCUCCAAGUAGAUCUUUGCUAUGAGCUCUGCCUUUUACACCUGGCAAUCCGUAUGACAAGAUAUUAGAGAAGGUAAUACUGUGUGUGUCCUGUCCUAACAUUUUUGGGGAUUUAUUUGGUUUAAAAAAGAUUUGGCAGUGAAAAGGUUAUGUAAAUAGAUUAGUUCACCCAUAUACGGUAUCUUAAUAUAGAACUUUCACUAUGUCUCAGUUAUUUUACUUAUAUCUAUAUCAUAAAUCUGUAAAUAAAAUGUAAUAUACACUUUCAUAUAAUAUGGUGCAUUUCAAUAUAUUAUCGCAUAUCCUCUAUGUGUCUUAAAAGAUGAACUAUGUAGAUCAGAGGAGAUUUAGGUUACACUAUCAAUUUGCAAUGCUGCACGGUAAUUCUUUGAAUAUUGGCUAGGAGAGCAAGACAUUAUCCCUCCUAGAACACACAGAGUUAAUGUACGUUUUAUCUUUCCCAUGUUCCGAGAGAAUACACAGUUAGAAAUCAAUUCCAGGAUAUUUGUUCAAGACUGGAAUAUAUAGUCACUUUGCUGGAACCUCUGUUUUUUUUUGUUAGAUGGAAAAGCUAAGUUCUAAAUAAAUUCUAGCAACAAGCAUUAAAUGAGCUCCAAUGCCUGCUAGUUGUUCACUGUGUCCAUUCAUGAACGAGAUGGCUUAGUGAUGUCUUCAGCUUGACUGCUUUACUCGGCUCUAAUGGUCAAAAUCACAAACUAUCAAUCAGAAUCAAUAUUUCAGUAGAAUUGGUUUUUAAAACACUAUUCUGUUUAGUGGAUGUCAAACAAAUCAAGCAGACACUCCAAGGAUUGCCUUUCAUUGGCUUUGUGUAAGGAACAUCAGAAGGGCAGUAGUCCAGAUCAGCUGCCUAAAAUGGUUGUGAUGCCAGAAGGUCAGGGGGGAAUGGGGAGGGUGUUCUGCAUUUCUCUUUGUACAUUUUCAAAAGGUUGCGAAAAUAGCUCAGCUUUGAUAUUAUUUGCUGCAAUUUAAAUUGUCCUUUAUGAAACAAACUAUUUGCUUUUUAUCGUACUGGUUUUUCGCAAAGCAAUGAUGCAGCCGCACAUUUGUUUUUGUUUUCCGUUUUUUUAUAUUUCUUCUUUUUUUUUUUGCUGUUGCUGUCUGUCCAUUGAAGUGGGAAGAGAUAAAUUGCCAAGUACUGAUGUUCUUCUCUCUCCAAUUUUAACCAGUGUGACUUGGCUCCCAGCCGUCUGUUGCUCCAGUGAUGAAAAACAAUGCACAGCAAUUCAUGCAGUGAAUGCCUUCCAUUUUAAAUACCAGUAACACCCCCUUGCGAACCAGUGUGUAUGCUAUCAAUGACAGCCUCAGGAACAAAGCUAAUUAAGGCAAACCAACCAGUGAAUGCAACAUGGAUAAUUAGUCCUCAAAAGGUCAAACAGGAUCAGAAUUUUCAGAUUUACCUGCAAAAUGGAAGCAGGGAACAUAAUAAUUAACAUUUUUGAUAAAAGAAAGAUCCAUUUUAGAGUUUCCAUACAAAAAAAGUCAUAAGGAAAGCAAAGGGAGGUCAUUAUUUAGCAACCAGCUUCAGCAUUACUAAACAAUGCUUACUGUAAAAGGCAAUGGAGUUUUACUUUAAAAUGGAAAAUAUGCAGAACAGACAACAGAAUUGCAAGUUUUAAUCCAAAAUAGAUAAAUUGAAAAAAAUAAAAAAAUCUGCUUUUUUCAGCUAAAUGAUUUAGCCACAAGUGCCUUGUUACGUCUGCACAAUUAUCAUUUUAGUGAAUUAAUUUAUGCCUUGUUAUCAUGAUCCAAUUAUUAUAUUUUACAACAUAUAUAAGAUAAAUAUACUAGCUGUGCACACAGACAAAGCUGUGAAUUUGGUUUAACUGACAACCAGGAUUCAAAAGAAAGUCCCAAAUAGCCUGGAUUUUAAAUACUUGAGUUGAUAAUGUCUGCAAUUUUGAUCAUACAUAUAGAAUGCGUGAAUUAUCUUAAUAAAAACCCAAAAUGUUGAAUUGAAAACUUGACUACAACAUUUGAGAUAAAAUAGCCAUUUGUGACUAUGGCUAAAUUUGAUAAUUUUUCUAAAUACACAUUUUUUUGCCUUUAUUUUGCAAUUUGGUAAUUCAUUUACUACAAAUUGGUGUUUUAUGAACACAACCCUGUAUAUACGAUAUUAGUGUUACUUGCAAAGUUCCCCUGUGUAUCUGUAGCAAUAUAAACAUUAUCUACCGUUUUUUCAUAAUUUAGUAAAUACCAAAACAAUGCAAUUCGAAUGUUAAGCUGGGUCUCGGUGCCUGACCCAUUUAGAAAGCUGGUUUAUGUAAGGAAAUAGCUGUUACAAUAAUCUGCAUUUUAAUUUAGCAUGGAUGUUUGCAACCCUUCAAUUUCUUUUAAUUAAUACUUAUAGCAGGUUACUUGUAGUAACAGCAGCAAUAAGAACAGGUAAUAUUGCACUAAUUCAUACAUAAAAGUUUUAAAAUCAAACCAAUGAUAUGUUAGUUUAAAGGGACACUCUAAGCAGCCAAACCACAGCAUGUUAAUAUCGUGGUUUUGAUGUAUAGACCCUUCCCCAUUUCUCUGCUACAUGCAAAUAAGCUUGCUUUUGUAAGGCUUUUGAUUGUAGGGGUUUGUAUGUAUGUAGUGUUGGUAUUUGAAUGCAGGUGUGGAUUUGCGUGUAAUGUUUUUGCAUGCAGGUGUGUGUUUAUAUAUAAUGUUGGUGUUUUAAUACAGAGGUGUGUUUGUAUGUAGUGUUGACGUUUGAAUGCAUGGGUGUAUGUGUGUACUGUUGGCGUUUGAAUGCUUUGAUGUAUGCACAUAUAUACAUACACUGUCAUGCACACACACUGAUAAACAUAUACAUGCUCUGACUCAUAAAGAUACACAGACACAGAUACACAAACUAACACAUGCAAAUACAAGGAUACAAAAACUGACAUACAUACAUACAUGUACACAUACACACAAAUACAAAUACUGCACAAAUUAAAAUCCAAAGCCACACAGAAACAAAAACAUACUCUGAUGCACACACUGAUGCAGAUACACAGGCAUUCAGAUACACACACUGACACACAUACAGAUACAGACAAACAAUGUGUGUCUUUUAGGUACAGAACGGUAGCUUCUGCUGGCUGGGGCUAUUGGGAGUCAGUUUGCACCCCUUUUGUCCCCCCACAUGGUUCCAUGUAUGUUAGUUUGGAUGAGAUAACCUGCACUCCCUUCCUCUCUGCACUGGAAACCAAUGUUAGAAAAGCCUGGUUUUGCUAUUAGAGGACAGCAGUGCACAACCGGACCCCUAAGUGCAAGGGCCAUGAGAUGGGCCAUCUCAGUGUGCAGGCCCUGAUGCAGCUACAUUAGGGGACGUUCCACUGCUGGGUUUAGGCACAAUGAUCAUUGCACAAGUGACAUAAGUCACCAAUGUAUCUUGGUCACCAAUGCUUGGACAAAGAUUACCAGUGCUGAUGCUUUCAAGGAAAGUGGAGUUGUUGCAGAAAGGAAUCUGUUCCUUUAAGAUAAGUUUUAGGGCCUUUUGUGUAAUUGUAAAAGGGAAAGGAGACCCUUAAACUCAGAGUAUAAAGGGAGAUGCACAGUUUUAGAACAAUGUUACUUAAAGAAGCAUUAAAUGUAGUUUAAAUGCAGUUAAAGAGGAAAACUAAGCACUCGAUUGAUGCAAUAUUUAGGUAUGUUACAAUUACUAGCUGUUACUUACCUUAAUUAUACAUAUAUGUAUAUAUAAUUUUUGAUUAAUACUCUUCUUCUUUCCUCCUGAUCAUUCCCCAUAAUAACAUAUUCUCGGUGUAAACAUAACAGCAAUGUGUGCAUGCUCAUAGAUUAGCUGAAGGUCAUGUUUCCUAAAGAUAUGUGUAGACACAAUCUCCCCUUGUGAGCUAUAUUUUAAGUGAAACAUUUUGUUCUUAGCUUUCACAUUACCGUUUGCGUCAAUCUUCUUUAUACAAUGCGACAGCGCCAUUGAUGCAAAGAAUCAGCGCAUGCAGUAUGGGUCACAGUAACAGGCAAGAAAAUAAAAUAGCACAGAUUGUUUUGUUUUUUUUAAGUUACAAGAUGCCCGUUACAUCAGCAAUGACACUGAAAGCUUCAUUAUUACCAAGGUAUUUCUAUUAAAAAACACAUAGAAAAUAAAACAAUGGUGAAGAGAGUAUGAGGGCGUUAUGUAGAUCUCUGAUACUGUGGAUAUUUUGCAGAUUCCUUCUUAUUUCUCAUAUAUUAAUAGCUUUGUUUUUUCACAGUGUUUAUAGUUUAAUUAAAUUGAAUAGAUUUUUCUAUAUGUAUAGCUCAUGUACUCGGUUUAAUUGUAUCUUUGGUAGAAAUAUAUUUUGUCAUCCUCCUCCCCACCCCGAACUGUAAAAUAAAAUUAGAUCUCCCUCCACACCACCCAAUCUCCUUUUGUUAGGGAAAUUUCACACAAAUACUGACAUUCAUAUACGCUACAUAUGCAUAUUAUACUACAUUCAAAGCACAGACACACAGAUUGAUAUCCACACACAGAAACUCGUGCACAAACACAUAUGGAUACAUAAACACACAUACAAGGUUAUUCACCAAGGUGAGAAUUUAAGGUGAAUUCAUGAUGAAUUUUACAUUUAAGGUCAAAUUAAUGUUUGGCUACCCUGGCCUUAUGUUUGAAAUUCACAUUGAAUUCCCUUUGAAUUCUGACUUUAGUUUCUAACCAUGACAGACUCACACAUACGCAGACACACUCUUUUAAUAAAUAAAAGAAUAGUUUACCUAGCCUCCCUGUUCUUUCCUUGACAAGGAGAACUGGAGUGGAACCUCAUCACUGGUGCCCAGUGGUUUGCUGCUGCUGAUUGGAUUGUCUCUGUGUACUGUUGUCUCCGUGCUGCUCUGUACUGUUGCUGGGGCUGGAAUGUCCUAUUUGCAGUAACAGUACAGGGCACUUGAGGAAGCUGGAAAAUCAGUGCAGAGUGAUCUCAGCAGCAUUGCAUUUAGCUCCAGGCUUAUGGCAGAGAAGGCACCUGCAACAUGGUGCCCCCAUACACAAUGUGCCGAUAGGCAGGUGCCUUCUCUGGUUGGAGGGGUUUGCACUGUGUAAUCCCUUUUACUUGUCACCCUAGGCAGACACUUCCCUCUUUAGUACUCCACUGCAUGAUUUCACAUUGUUCAUUAAAAACCAUAACACACAAUGUGUCUGACAUUGAGAUGUAUGGGAACCCCCCUAAUGCCAUGGCUGCCCUUUGAUAUACGAGUCUUCCUGUCUCCAGAUCUUUCUAUAGUAUUUUAGAUGUCAUGUUUUAUAAUAGUAAAAGUCGAAUUGUGGCUGUGUCCCUGCUCUCUUAUUAAUGGUCUCAUUUAAAUGACGGAGCAGGAAUGCCACUAGCCAAUGGCAAACAGACAGCUGGACAGUGAGACUUGUUUUCCCAUUAUACUGGCAGCUGUGAGGGCAUUGCUCCAGGUGACCAGUAGUGCUGACAAUGCCUAGUGCAUCUGAGCUACUCAGCUGACCCUCACAAUUAAGUACAGCAUAUAUUAGCAGUCACACAUGAAAACACAAUUGUAUAAACAAAAAAAAGUAUAUAAAAAAAGUUUUAAAAAGUUAUUAUAUUUUUUUUUAAAUUGUGCUUUAACCACCUAAAAUCCAUAUAUAUUGUGUUGCAGUGCUAAUUAGUGAAUAACAAUGUGCAUCAAGGAUAUCAUUUGCAAGAAAUAACUAUUAAAAAAAAACCAUCAAGGUUAUUCAUUAAAUUUCAAAUUGUAGCAAAUUAAAAUCUGUAUGGCAAGAUUUAGGCAAAUAUAAUUAAAUUGGAUGCAUUCUCACAAUUAAACUAUUGUCCCAGCUUGAAAUUAAUUUUGCAAUUUGGACUUUAAUUCAUUGGAAUGUAGGGUUCAGUGACUUACUCUAUGUGUAUUUUUAGAUCAGCCAGUUGGAUAAAACAUUUCUAAUUAUUUUAAUUUAUCUGCAUAGUUAUGCCACACAUAAACUACUAGCACUUGCUUACCCCUUCACUUCCAAGCAUUUUAUUUUCUAUAAAAUCUUAGCAUAACAUUUAUUUAAAGCAAGGGGUGCAUAGUUAUCAUAUAAUCAUAUGGUAUACUAUUUUGUGUAUAGAUUGCAAUGACAAUUAUUAAAAUAUAUACAGCUUUUAUUAAUUACUUAUUCGUUCAUGCCAUUAUAUUAAUAUUUGAGAAAUGAAAAGCUUUAGACAGUAUACAGUGUUCUUUAUCUCGCAAUGCUUUAUACAGGCUCUAAAAUCUUAAUACAAAAUGUAAAAAUGCUAUUUUUUCUCACAUACAGUAGGGUUGACAAAAAUAGAUAAAUAAACAUGGUCAAAUACCAUGCUUAUAAAUUGUUUGUAAGACCCUAAAGGCAUUACUAGCAUUGCAGCUUACUAAAAUUGCAAACAGUAUCUGGAAUUCAGAUGUAAUGCUAACAUCAAAAUGGCAGAGUUCAUUCACUCAUCCUUCCUCCCUGACUGAAGGAAUGUUGUGACCCAUUUAAACUUCCUUUACUGGUUGGAAGCAGGAAGUGAGCUGGUUUCUUCAGCAAUAUUUGCAGCCAUUAAGUCAGUGAAUUUCUAGUAGAAAUCCUCUACAGGCUAGUAGUCAUUCCUAAGUAUAAAUGAGAGAGUGUAGAUUUAUGGACUAUUUGUUUUACUGCAGAAUACAUGAAAGUUGAAACAUUUAUACUCAUUUCUGGUAGUGAAGCGGUUAAAAGAGAGUGGUUAAGAAUGAGCAUGUACUAACUAGGUGUAACUAAAUAAUAAAUGUUAAAAUGAAAGACGUGUGAGAAAAAGGUGCAAUAAUGAUCAUUAUGUGUAAUUUUUUCAUAUUUGCAUACUUCCUCUAGUUUUUUUUUUGCACUUUAAUAUUACAAGACUUCCUUACACUUACAGUCAUGCAUACCAUCCAGUGUUUAAAUUUAUACAUUUCCGAUUACCUGACACAUCAUAUUAAAAGUUUUAUUUGAAAGAUUUAUUUCUCGAGAUGUAUAAUUCUGUGAAAGCAUUAGAAAAAUCUUUUGUGCCUUGGGACAUUAAUUAAAAGAAUUGAUUGCUUUAAGAUGCUAUCCAUAUUGAGCAAUAAGGAAAAGUAUUUUAGCAUUAACAAAAUCAAUUCCCAGGGAUGCUUACUGUAUACCAAAUGACCUUUUACCGCACCCUAGUACACUUACAUUACUAGGAGCAUUAGCCGUUCAGUUGAGCUUUGGGCAAAAAUUAUAGUAAUAAAAUAGGAGAGUAUUUUUGACUCACAAAUGCAUCAGUUCAUACUAGAUAAAAAUGACUGAAAAUUUGGAGGCAAGAAAUUGUAUUUGAUAUUGUAUUUGAUAAAGAGAUGCAGUGGAAUGUUAUAAAAUUAGGCCAAUUAAAGAAAAGAUCACCAACGUUUCUCAUUAAUGUUAAUGAUGUCCAUUGCAGGUUGCAAUGUAAUAGAUCUAAUAAACCGUUAAUCUAUAAUACAGAGAAACAUUGUGUUGCAUUUGUGUUUGACAAAGUUUCAUGCUGCGAAGUCCAGAUAUGUCAUUUAAUUUACUUUUUUUUGCACAUAACAUAAAUUUUUUUGUUGAUACCACCAUUGUGUAAAUGAUUAAUAAAUAGUAAUGAUUUCCCUUCCCCAACUCAGCAAAGUGGGACCCACCUGCAUGACAGAUGUUGAUAUAUCAAGAUCAAUUGUACUAGCCUGUCUUAGAUGUGAUGGCAUACCUAGACAUAGGUAAAUCCAUCAUGUUUUUCUGGGCACAGAUUAAUUAUCUAUAUUGAAUAAGUAGUACACACAAAAUGUUGCCUUGCAGUAUAAUGAAUUUAAGGUAAGAAAUCAAGUCAUUAAUUAUUGAAUAUUUCUGCAGCAUAUGAUGCAUACAUAUUGCAGGACAGUGCAUUUGCCAACCCUUUUGAGGGAUGCCAUGUCUUCCAUCUUUUUCUUUGACAUCGACCAAUGAAAAUACAUUUCAUAUGCAAUAGGUGUUCUAGAACAGAUCCUAGCCUAGUGGAGAUACCUAGAACACUGACAUUGCUUCUUGUAGCAUACAAAUACCACAUACAGCAGAGCAACACUUUUUAUGUGCGUCACAAGACCACAAAGUAGUGAUAUAUGUCUAGGUAACUAUAAGUCUAAACAUUCUACUUAUAUCCAAGUUCCAGGUCAGUAAACAAAGCACACUCAGUCAGUAUACCAGUAAUGCAUUAAUCAGCAAUAAAACAGAUAUCUUUACUCUGCUAAGGAAACUGUGUUAUAGGGGAAUAAAAUUCAAUUCAACCUACUAAGGGCGAGUAAAAGCGUCUUCUCUUUCAGGGACCACUAAACAAAUGAUGAUCUUCUCUGCUUGACUUCUACGUUCCAUACAGUCUUAAUAAUAAAAAAGCUUCUAAAGCAUUAACCCGCCUGCCACUCCAUGGUCAGAUACUUAGUGAACUAAUCCAUUCUGGCACCAGAGCCAGGUUUGAGUGAAUGUAUACAUCUGUAUAUUCCCUAUAGUGACAUUAUCAACCAAGAAUUUCAUAGAGCAAUGAGGUCACCACAAAGCCCGAGGCUAGCUCUUACAUGAUGGAUUAUUCACUAAACUCUAAACUGAAAUCUGAAUGGGAAAACAUAGGGGGAAAAAAACUGAUCUGGAAAAAAAAUCUCCAAUUUAGCUAUAGCCACAGAUUGCCAACUGCAGCCAUUCAGAUUUUAAUUUCAUUUUAAUUUGCUGUUAAAUGGGAAUUGUCAAUCUACAUGUGUUAUAUUUUCAGUUUAGUUAUUUAGGUCUAAGAUUUCAGAUUCGCUUUGAAUUUCUAACAAUACAUUAUUUAGUGAAUAACCCUUUAAAAGUUUGAGGAAUGUUUGCCUGAAAGCCUCUAUAAACAAAUAUGUUUUUGUAUAUGAAUGUGAGUGAUAUUCGUUUUUCUUGUCAACGUAUGCUUGCAGCCAUGUUAGAAAUAGCAAUGAUUGUCUUAUAAAACCUCUCGAUAGAACAGAACCACGGGAACCUGUGUUCUGGAUAGACUCAAAGGCUAGGACAAGUAAAAGAGACAAAUAUUGUUUAACCUUUGGCUUGAUUAUUAUCAUUAUUUUUUUUAAAUACAUCAUAUAUUGUACACUCUUUUAUGGAUGGACCAUUCGUUUAUUAGCUUGAGGAUGGAUUCAGGUAUAUAAUUUAUGUAGAGGUCUUUUAAUAAAAACAUGAGUUUGUCUAUCUAGAAUGGUGUCAAAUUAAAGCUCACUAGUUUGUUUUAUAAUGCUAUGAUGAUACUUGCGUUUUCGAGUAGGCAUUUUGUUAUAACAUGUCAUAACGGAUUUAUCUGCUAGGAUGCAGUUGACUCUAUUAAAGUAUGGUUGCCACAUUCACCGUGUUUCUCUGAGCACUUAUAUUAUUUAUACAUAUUGUCAGGCAGCACAUGACAAGCAUUGACCUGUGAAAUGAAGAACACAUCAUUUGUCCAAAAAGCAAGAUGACACUUUUCAUGUGUUACCCAUCAACAUGAAGAGGCGAUAUAUGUCCUGGAAGACAUGGUGGAUAUGGCAACUUAAUUUAGCCUAAUUUAGGUAUGAAACUAAUUUUAGUUUAUUUGUGCCAUUACAGAGGGAACUGAUACCUUUUGUACCAUCAGAUUAAUCCUACAUACUAGGGCAGGCAAAACAGAAAUUCUAGCAGUUCCUCUCUGCUCAAAAUGCCAUCUAUUUAUUGUGUUUAAUGCAAGUCUUGUCAAUAUACACAUUUGUAGAAAAUACAGUUUUAAUUAUUACCAGCUGUGUACUGGUGUGUGGACAGGUAAACCAUUGCCAACACUGCCAUCGUCUUUGGUCGGUCCCAAAAAUAAAGUGUUUGAAAGUAUGCAAAUUGGCUACAGGAAUAUGUGAGAGUUCCUUAUGUCUAUUCUAGAGCCAGAUUUACUCAUAUAUCAAUCAUCUGGCUUCUCUAGCGUAAUAAUUAAAUAAAUGGCUAAUUAAAAACUUGACUCACUUAUGUUACACGUAGCAGUGUCACUUUAAAUCUUGAUAAGUUAGGGUUUUCAUGAGGGACAGUGUUAAAAGCAUUUAACUGCCGCAAUUAGCAAAUCACUACAUAGAAUCUUAAUGAAUUGAAUGCUUUGUUAAAAAUACAAGUUUGGCUUGUGGUUCCUAAUGAUAAUAAUUACUAUACAUUGUCUAUGGAAAUAAAGCAUGUUUGCUCCAUGCUUAUGAGAUUUUAAUUGUGUGUCUACAUCAAAUGGUGCUGCCCAUAUAAAUCUAUGUGAGUUAUAAACAUUUUGUGGUCACAGACCUGAAUAUUUGUAGUGUCUGUGCAUAUGUGUGUAUUGAGUGUGUGUGUUUAUGACAAUAUCAGUGUGCAUGUUUCUAUGUUUCUAUGUGUGUAUGAGAGAGAGAGUAUGUUUCUGCGUACAUGCAUGCUUGUUUGUAUAAAUAGCACUGUACCUAAAUCGAUUAUGUGUUUAUGGAAUGGUGUUUUGCCCAGUGUCGAAAAUUUAAAUACAAGCAGACAAAGCUGAUAUAUGCAGUCCAGAGCAAUUUGUUGUUUACAUAUGUGAACCAUUCUAUAAAACAGAAGGAUAGAUGGAUGCUAACCAGAAAUAUAAACAGAAAGAAAAACAGGCAGAAACAAAAACAGAUAGAUAAGCUCAAAUCUUUUAAAAACCUUGCUAGUCAGAAAGUCUCUCUUCUUAACAUUGAAUUACCGAUCGCCGAUGCAGAUGUUGUCCAUCAGAAGAAUGAAAGGCCAUUACAUAAGCAGGGAGGUGGAGCAUAUACAUUUAAUGCACAUGGCUCUUUUCUUUUACUUUACCAUUAAUCUUUUAACUCCAUAAACUGACAACACACAAUUAGCAGCCGAGCACAUCAUUUCCAGCGGCUUCAUUAUGCAGAUCUUAUGCCAUAUGAGGUUACUGAGACUUCUUUUGGUUUUUUGACUCGUGUCUGCUUUAUACCUCUAUCUAUCAUAACCCAGCAAGCUCCUCCUAAUUGUAUAGUACUUCUGCAGCGUACAUCUAUCAAUGCCAGAAAGCAUGGAACUGGAAAGCACAAUGGUUUUCCGGAGUGUGAGUUAAGCUGGCAGAGAAUAUAACAGCUCGACUAAAUGUUGCAGCUAAAUAAAGCAAACAAACAAAAAUGUAACCGACUUUUCCUCUUCUGUGACAGCAGUUAGUCAGUAUCUGGAUGGAUGGAUGGAUGGAUGAAUGGAUGGAUAGAUGGAUAGAUGGAUAGAUGGAUGGAUGGAUGGAUGGAUAGAAAGAUAGAUAGAUAGAUAGAUAGAUGUUAUUUUUUAAACUGGGUGUUAACAAAUAUCAAAAUUUGCAGCAUAUUUGUAGUAAAAACAUCAAAUGAUAUUUACUAAAGGCAGUUGUUAACAUUUAAAAGACUAAAUCUGCUUCCAUCAGUUUGGAAACCAACACCAAUCUGUGGAGGGGCAGCCUUUUAUAGGAAAUCGUGCCUUUUUCUAUAAGAAAAAUCAUACAGUAUAACUGAUAGGUUACUGGUUACAUAUAUAUUUAGCUAUUUAUACCACCUUACCGUUUCAUGUAUAGAUAUAAAGGUUGCAUACACACACAUACAUAUAUAUAUAUGUAAUUGAUUGGUAUGCUAUAAAGAAAGAUAACUAACUUCUUUAAAAAAAUAAUCUUUCUUAAACUGCAAAACAUUUGAUUUUAAAAGCUAUACCGUCAUAAUUGGAUGGAAUUUUAGCCCUCUAAUCUCUAUCUAGAUUUUAUAGGGGGGAUUUGCCCCCUUAUCCUGCUUGCUUCCAAUACCUAUGUUUGCGACUGAUAGUUUGUCUUUAGUAAAUAACCUGCAGAAAGAAAAACUGUGCGUGCGAUCAAACAAAAUCUCUUUGAUAUGUCCAAAACAUCAUAUUCAAAAUGUGUCUUAGCUCACACACCAUGAGUGAGAAACUGCAGUAUUAUCUCAAUAUCAGACAUAACUGUACUAAACCUUAGCGUGUUUCAGUAUUAUAUUUAAUGUUUAUCGUCAAUAGUUUUGCCAGAUUAUUGUUUCCACUGAAUUAUAAUUGGCCAUGAAAAUUAGUCUUUGUUGGUGUGUGUGAUAUACAACGCUGUAUUUUUGCACAAGUUAAUUUAUUUUCACCAGUUGGCGGGGAUAGCGUGUCUUUGAAAGGAAAUACCUCAUGGAAUAGACACUAAUAAAUACCUUCACAGAAAGAUAACAAAGACAAUGUGAAGUAGCAAAGAACAUCAGAUCAAUAGCUGCCUUUCCAAGCAUUUAAACUGCAAAUAUGUGAACUGAUUAGGGCAGCAAUAUAGCAGAUAAAACUGUAACCACAUAUAUACCUUUAAUUGAUCCUCCAUCAAAGGAUGCUACAGAUUGUAGAUGCACAUGCAAUAUUUCUUAAAUACAUAUUUUAUAUUAAAUUAAAUGCCCAUGCAGAAACAAACAUAUGGGUAUAUAUUUACACACACUGUCACGAAAAAAGUAAACUAUUCUUCAUUAUUUUUUUUAGUAAUUUACUGUAUAUAAUAAGCUGAUAAAAAUAGUAAGCAAUUAAACAUUUUUCAAAUAUGUGAUUCUAGAGGAGGCAAAUCAAACAAAUCAUAAAGUUCAGUGUCUUAAAUAGAAGUCUUACAUAAAAUAAAUAAUAAGGAUUAUUCAUUCAAAACACCAAACUGGUGAUUUAAAAACUGAAUUGCAAAAACUUAUAGAGAUAUUCACUAAAGGGAGAAUUGCAGGGGAUUCAAAGUGAAUUGAAAAUGAAUUUCAAAUUGAAGGCCAAAGUAGUCAGUCUGCAAGCAUAACUGACUGGGAGACAUUUUCUGGUUCAACUAUUUUAACAUUAACCCCUUAAGGACAAAACUUCUGGAAUAAAAGGGAAUCAUGGCAUGUCACACAUGCACUGUAGAGACAAGACUAGAGCCCAACUGAGCUCCUCUCCCUCCCACUCUGCAAUGAAAGCAAUAAAGUCUCCUCCAGCCCCUGUCAGUCAACCUGUUACCCGCUGUUAGCCUCUUCCCUGUUAGUCCCUGUCAGCCAACAUCAUUACCCACUGUUAACCCAUUCUCCUCCAGACCCUGUCAGCCAACCUCCCCUGUCAGCUACUUCCCUGCCAGUCUCUGAUUGGUUAACUACUUCCCUGCCAGUCUCUGAUUGGUAGAUAGAUGGAUAGACAGACAGAUAGAUAGAUAAAUAGACAGAUAGAUAGAUAGAUAGACAGAUAGAUAGAUAGAUAGAUAGAUAGAUAGAUAACAAAGCUCUAUAGGAAUUUAUUAGUUUGUCUGUCUCUUUAUAUUUAUUUAUUUAUAAGAAACAUAUGAAACUAUAUGUUGCCUAAUCUGAUGAGGAAAUGUGUGUGUGUGAUGUGGUAUGUAGGUUCUAGUGUCUGAAUGCUGUGUUUGUAGUGUAACUUAGGUUGAAUACUUCUUAGGCAGGCAUCUGUGGAGUGAUAUAAAUUGUAUCACUAAGCUCCGACAUACCCACAUAGACGUGUCAUUACUGAUUCUCAUAGAGAAUCACUGCAGUGUGACCAUUGGUGGACAGGCAUUGUGGGCGUGUCAUUACUGAUUCUCAUAGAGAACCACUGGAGUCUGACCAUUCAUGGACAGUUUGGCUAAAAUACAGGAAGCAGGGAAACAGCAAAGGGGGGAAUUACAUGCAAUCACAGGAGGAGCAGAAGAUUUGAUAAAAUUUAAAAUCAAUCAAGGUACUUCUAAAGCUCACUUUUACAUUAUUUAGUGAUAGAAGGUUUACUGUUGGGGAGGAAUAAAAGGAUGUGAUUUUUUUUUUUACCUAUACCGUUCAUUUAAAUUUUAAAUUGAGUUUGAAUUCACUUUGCAUUCCCUGCAAUGAAAACACGUUAGUGAAUAACACUGUUAGGCUACACAUCCUGAGUAGGUAAGCUGCAUCUGUCGCUGAGCUUGAUAAUUCAGCAAUUUUGUCUACAUUUUGCAAUUACGUUGACAUUUCACUACAAUUCGGUGCUUAGUGAGUAAGUCCUAGAUUCUAAGACUAAGGCGAUUAAAAUCUUCUUGACAUGUGCAACUUUGUUUUACUCUGUGUUGCAGAGAUACUACAAUUUACAUUUCAACUGCUGUACAUAUACAAUUUUACGCAUGGAUGUCAAAACUAGCUAUCCAACACUAAUGUCAUGAUUAAUCCAGGUGUCUGAGUGCUCUAUAGUAGAUCUGGGUACAAAUGUAAAAACAACAGACACAUUCGUGUAAACACAGGUUCAUUCAUGGAUAUUUUACGGGUCUUUUAACAAAAGAUAUUGCUCACAUUUGUGUUUGUAUAAAUUAUUUAAACCUUAGAACGGUAAUUUUGGAAAACAAAAUCCUUUUCCUUGAAAUAACGUUUAAAAGACAUGUGUGAUGUGUAUGUUAUAUAUAUAUUUUAUUUCACACAUUUCUCCAAAAAGAUACUUAAAGUGCUUUACAUUUCGGAAAUCACAGCAACAGCUACGCAGAGAGCGUAAGAGUAGAAUGUUGGUAAUGGAAGAAAAAGCAUGAUUUUGUGAUGUGUAAGAUGGCUAUUAGUGUUACGGGGAAUUAUCAAAGCCAGAGUAAACUUGUCUCUAGUUUCAAUUUAAUAAUGUCCAGUAAAGUGCUAUAUCUCAUUGCACAUGGCAGGCUUCCAUAAUCGUGUGAUUCAAACAUGAAACCUCAGGCCCCAGGGGAAGAAAGAAAGAUUCUUUGUGCUGUUAUUAGAUUUCAAUUUGCAAAAUUCUGCCAUGGUACCUGGGAUCCUGGGACCCUGGCUGUGCAUGACUUUAUAUGUUAACAUGCCUAAAUUGACACGUAUGCUGUUUUAUAUAGAGCACGGUGACCAUGGAAUAGAGUUCAGAAAUAAAGAUACAAUGGUUUGUCAGUAAUUUGGACGUAUUCUUCUGUAGCAGCUACCCAAUGGCUGUGUACUUGGAAAUUCUAUAUACUGUAUUGAUGCAAUAGGUAGGCAAGUCUUAAACAUUCAGAAGCAUGGUCUGAAAUACUACUAUGUCCUUCAGCUGGGCCCCACCAUAAAUAAUUCUGUCUAUUUAGUGUUAAGCCUGUUUUGUGCCUGGAAAAAAAGAGUAUAUCUGUGCACUAUUUGCAUAGUGAAAAUUAUUAUUAUUAUUAUUAUUAUUGCCAUUUAUAUAGCGCCAACAGAUUCCGUAGCGCUUUACAAUAUUAUGAGAGGGGGGUUUAACUAUAAAUAGGACAAUUACAAGACAACUUACAGGAACGAUAGGAUGAAGAGGGCCCUCCUUAAAUGAGCUUACAUUUUAUAGGAGGUUAUAAUAACAGAUAAAAUUAACUCUGGUACCCAAAUGGCAGUUCUCACAUUGACCUGCGUGGAAACAUUUCUAUUCAAUUACAAGAAUUAUGCUUAUCUCCUACAAUCUGAUUUUGAACUAUAUUUUUAAUUAGUCCUACUUGAGUUAACCUAUAUGAUGCGAGGCUAUGGAGAUAAAAAAUAGCCUUACAGUACACAUCAUGACAUGUUUAUGUAUUACAGAAUUACAACACGUGAAAAGAUCCCAUGUGAUAUCCUAGUGAUAAAAGAUUUAUAACUUAUUCCUCAACUGUUCUGUUUGGAUGUCAUAGUUUAUUUAAUCAGAAAUUGUAGAGAGAUCUAUAAGUACAAGAGCUGAAUAGUCUCCACUAGACUCUCUCAACCUAGAGACUAAAGAAUCAUAUCACAUAUGAUCCAGGGCUGUUCCUAUGCUGUACAGAAUCUUGACUGCAAUGAGUAUGGAAUUUAGUGUGAGUUGAGCGCCUUCCAAUUGCAUUGUAACUACUUUCUCAAUUUCCAUUAAUAGCAAGGGACAGUUUCAGACAUGCUCGCAAUUUGCCAUGUAGCCAGUAUCUAAUGAUGGCUUCUUAGAAGAGAUCUUACAAUAGCUUCCAACAGAUGCGCCUACUAAAAAACCAUUAAUAUCCUGAUAUAUCAUUAUACAUUGAUACAUUACCUAAAUUGAUGCUUCACAAAGCUUUAAAUUGACUCUGUGGUAAACAUAGGUUUUGACAUAACAGGGGAAGUUAGCAGAAAGGAACAUCGAAUACAUGAAGUAUUUAAGACUCACUAAGCCAUUCAGUACACAGAAUGAAACAGAGCGUCCUUAGAUUACAAUGAAAUCCAUGUUUCAGCAUUACUGUUCUCUGGCAAUGAUAAAUUAACCAUUAUUCCUUUGUGAAGGUCAGCACCUUGCUGGUCCACGGCUAUUCUAGAGUCCAUCGGAUCUCAUUACCAUCAGAUUCAUUAAUGAUUCUUUACCCAUUGUGAUUUCUAGAUGUGUUUGAACAAUGGAAACAGAAGAAAUGUAGACAUAUGUGUAAAUAUCUGUAACAACUGUGCAAUGAUUCUUCACAAUUCCUAACAAACAGUACAUUGUGGUAUCCAUACAACAGCACAAACUCAAUCGUUUGUUACUAUGUAAACAUAGAUCUACCGUUAGAAACUGGAAAUUGUGAAAACUUUAGAAGAAUCCUGAUAGAACAGGUAGCAUUUGAUUUGACAUUUCUUUCAGUUAUGCUAUUCCACAGUUACCACUUUAGGGAAUAAUUUCCCCCCCAAAAAAUUAUUCAGCUUAACAAAACCAAUACCAUGCAUACACUGGCAUCAAAAUCACCAUUAUGAUACAUUUACAACAAAAAAUAGCUCUAUACCAAAUAGGUUGUAUCCUUUCAUGAACACUAUACAUUACAGUGGAGGGUUUUGGGACAUCUUGUAUCACUUCCUGAAUUGGGAAUGACUACUAUUUUAUCCCUUUAUACUAUUUCAGGUAAAUUAACUGACACCUGUAGAUAACAUUUAGGUAACUAGGCCACUAUUCUGUAAAAUAACAUUCCCAUAUUUCUACAACAUUUGAAAAGACUAGGCAAUCUUCUGCACUCCAGAUUUUGUGAACUACAUCUCCCCUGAUGUGUUGCUAGAAUUAAGGCUGUAAGAACAUUUUGGGUUCCUAAGGUUGCUUCACCCUAGCCUAGACACUGUCUUUUUUUUUUAAAUUCAAAAAUACCAAAUCUUCUGAAGUUGUAAUUCAAUGGUGCAUUUUGGGUCAAUGUUUGGACAUUGAAAAUAUUACUAACUUGCAAUUAAAUGUCAUCAUUCCUUUUAUCAUUACACAGUUGCAUACUAAUAUAGCCUGGAAAAAAAGUCUCAAAUUCAUCUCAUUAAUCUUUUCACACAUCACUGUUUCUGUUGUUGAUCCAGAUGAAGGUGAAAAAUAAAUCUGACACAAAUUCCAUUGCAAUAUUAUUAAACUGUUUUUAAUUACUUUUUUAAAGGUCACAAUACGUACAUGUUGUUACAACAGCAUCACUGUGAGCGUAAAAUCUGGAACCACUGAGUAACCCUAAAGAAGGCUAUAAAAGCCACUCUCAUUUGUUGUAGAGCAGAGGUGCCCAAAAGGUAGAUCCCCAGAUGUUGUAGAACUACAACUCCCAUGAUGCUUUGCAGGCCUUUAGAAUGACAAAGCAUUAUGGAAGCUGUAGUUUAAAAACAUCUGGGGAUCUAUCUUUUCGACACCCCUGUAGUAGAGCAUGCAGGCAAGCAUUCAUUAAGUCCAUAUAACCAGAAUCACCCAUGCAAAAGGCAAUGCAAGUAUCUCAACUUUUAGCAGAAAUUCAAUACUGCUCAGCAAACAUUGGAUAGGACAUUUAUAUGCUAAUCCACAUUCUAAUGUUUUUGAACACAAAACUAAACUGCUUGUCCAUGUCUCCAUUUAUUUAUAUUAAUUUGCAGUUUUAUUAUUGGCUAUUUUAAUUAAGGAUGAUAUUCUUUAUUAUUAAAAAGCUCUUUGUAUACAUAUACCUAAGUCACCUACUACAUUUCACUGUAAAGAAAUAAUAAAACAUGCUAUACAGCAAGAUUUUGCUUUUCCCAUUGCCUGUUGCGCAUUCAUAAACAGGACACAAAAGUAUAGUGAGAAGGGAAACCAGACACAGCUUUUAUUGAAAUCAUUUGUUAAAAUAACAAUUUCCAAAACCAGCCUGCAAAACCUUUGAAGAACGUCAGGAGUCAAAGAGUCCAUAACCACACAGCAAUCCUCACUUGCAGACUGUGGCUCCCCAAGUCCUUAGUGGUCAAAUUAUUAUCCAUUAUUUAACUGUACUAGUCAGGAAACCCCACUCCAUCUAACAAUAAAAAACAAACAAACAAUACACAAUGAAAGAUACAGUGACAACAAGCCUGGCAUCAUUCAUUUUAUUGAGAGCAGGCAGAACAGUGAGGCUGACUCAUUUGUCCUAGCCAAUCCACUGUUCCUCACCCCAACAGCCUUAUAUAACCAAUCAUCCUAGAUACAAAGUAACCCUACAUGGGACAUCCCUAUCACCCAUACUGGCCAGCAGUCAUGAUCCCCCUUCCACAUUUUGUCCAGAUACAUUUCUCUCCUUUUUUCUCCUCAAACAGUGAGAACUGACACAUACUUUAUGAUAAACACAAGACAUUAAGUAUAGAUUUCUCCACUUUCCCUAAUGGUGUGAUUUAGACCACGAGCAACACAGAGUGUUAAACUAAUUACAAUAAAUUAACAAAAAUUCCUACCUGUUCCCUUCACAAUAUGAGGCAUAUACAGUACUUGUUAAAGGAACUAAUGAGGUUAAGCUGAAAAGGCUUUUGUUUUUAAUGUUCCCUUCAAAAACUCUGCGUGUUGCUUUUGAUAUAAAAUAAAGUGAUUGAUUUUAAGAAGUACCAGGAAGUGCAGUUUGUACUUUUAAAAAGUCGCUUAGGAUUCAAAAGAAUGAAUAUAUGAGACAGAUAACAUCCCAAGUCAUUGGAAUACAGUAUAUUGUACCAAAUAAACAUAUAUUUUUAUAAUAUUUUCAUUACGUUUUGCAUUAAUUUCGGAUCUUAUCAUAUAACACUGCAUUUGCGUGUGUUUGGAGUUCGGAAUAAUGUCAUGAAAUAACAUUAAAUAUAUGUCAUGAACAUACCUUCCAAAUGUCCCUAUUUAGAAGGGACAGUCCCUAUGUUUGGCCCAAAUCCCUCUGUCCCUCUUGUUUUAUCAUAAUUUGCCUCUUUUGUAGGUGCUCAGUAUUCUUGGUAUGUCUAAAUCUGUACUAGAGUUUCACAGCAAUAAUAUUCACAGGAAUGUGUCGUUUACACUGAAAUAAAUAUGUAUGGGAGUAAGUCUAUAUAAAUAACAUUGAUCUUGAUGUAAAUUAAAUUUUUUGUUGCUCAAAUUGUUUUUAUUAAGUCAUCUUAAAAUUUUCAGAGCACUCACACCCCACACCUCCAAUCACAACUCUAAAUUGAAAGUGCCCCUUUUUUCCAUUUGAAAUACUGUUAGGUAUGCAUGAGUGAGUGUGAUGAAUUAUAAAAGGGUACAAACAAAAGUUAACAGUUGCACAAGUCUUAUUGUUCAAGGUCAUUGUAUCCAGGUAAACCAUUACCAUGCCUCCCAACCAUCCUGAUUUCAGUGGGACAGUUUCACUUUUUGAGUCCGGUCCUGCCAUACCACCUUAGUGUCUCACUUUUGGGGACAACAGGGAACUGUCCCCAACAAUCAUAGCAUGAGCGCAUCUUAAGACUAUGUUAAGGGCACUAGGACUCUGCAGGGAGUACUAUAUCAGGGGUAAGCCUUGAGUGUGCCAGCUAAAAUGAGUCACACAAGGCUAACCUUCCAUUAACAUUGGCUGGCCCAUCCUCUAUAUUGGCAUAUCCACCCCUUCACGAUUCUCAGGACACUGGUUUUGGAAAGUAUGAAUUACAACCCUACAACUGUCUACUGCAUGUUUCUGUAGAUUACCAAACCAGCCAUAUAUUUCAGCAUUAGCUAUCCCAUACUACUAAUAGAUUAAUGUGUGACUAAAACCCAUGGGAGUAUAUAUGGAUGUGCUUAUUCGGUCUAUAGUAUGUGUCAGAAGUUAAGGCUGCAUUAAGAGCAGUAGGAGACUUAUCAUGGAAAAAUGGAGAUUCCCCACCAUAAGACCAGCUUGGAAAACAAUUCGAUAAUGGAGUAUAAAACAAGAAAUGUUUAGAAUACAUGUGGUUUUCUGAUUUGGAAAGUGAGUAAGUAUAUGUGUGUGCAGCUGAUACAAAGAUGCCUACAUAAGUUUUUUUUUUGUGUGUAUGAUACUUGUAGGAAGAUAGUUGGAACAUUUGUCUAAAGUCAUUGUGCUAAAGGUUGGUAGUAGGUAGUUGUGUUUGUAAUGUUGUUUGUCCAUCAGGAAGCAUGUUAGACAGAAAAGUGAACCAUUAGGCACCACCAGUUAUGAAGUGGUCCUCUCUCUCUGUACUGGAUUGAAGGAUGGUAAAGAUGACACUUCAGAUACCUAAGACAGAGCAGAAAUGUUGCCUAUUAUCUUUACCUCAUUUGUUUUGCAGUUCGUCAUUUUGUUAUUGUAUCUCAUUAACGUUAGUGCCUUUGCUUCUACACAAGCUAAAACAAGAAAACAACUGUUCUUGACUUAAGCAAAUCUCUACCACUUUGAUACAUCACCAAGGCAACAAUAAGAAAAAUAUAGAUAGAACUGAUGCUUUAGACUGUUUUGUUGCUGCAGUGACCUAUGCUUGAGACAAAACAGCAAUUUCCAAAUUACCUAAUCCACUGGUGGGCAUGAGAUUUAUUGUAAAGUACUUUGCUUGGGCAAUCAAUCUGUAUCUAUGUGCUUUUACUGAUCGUAUGUACUUCUUUGAGGGACUGUAUGACAUUUUACAUAUCUUAAAGCAUGGGCACAGUCAAGUUUAUCUACUUGUCUAUGUCUGAAAAUAAAUACUAGAGGAGAAUUAUCUAUACUAUCAUUUCAUUGCUGUUUGUGGAAAAGGAAGUAAAUUUCUCACACCUGUAGCACUUACAAACUUAAGAGUUAAUAACAAGUUUUGAAAAGUAAGACAUGUUAAACAUACACACUCUGAUGACUCACACAUACAAUGAGACGAAGCGUUACUUGAUGUACCAAUUUAUUGGGAAUUUUACAAACAUGGCUUAUUCCAAGCAAAAAGCCAAGAUAAAUGUGCAUAAAAAAAAAAGUUAAUUUCUCUGCAUCGGAAAGACCAAUGGAACUUUAUUUAUGAGCUUUCAAUCUAUUCUGUGUUUAAACCCAUGGAUGUUGGCACUAACAUUUAGUAAUACCAGCACAGAAAUGUUGAAGAACCAAGGCUGAUAUAAGUUAACAAGAUUUUAACCUCACCUUUCUCUUAUAAGGGCACAUGGAUGCAAUCCACAUUGUCAGCCAGGCUCUGUGUGCCUUAUCUUAUCUAACUUGAGGUUUGUGUUUCCUUCCAAAUUGACCUUUUUUGCCCCUCUGGCAUGAAAAAACUCAACAAAAACUAUAUUAAUCCCAUAUUUUACUUAUGAAAAGGCAAUGUCACUAUUGACCGUGACUACUAAGUAAACUCUGUAGAAGAAAUGAGUGAUAUUUUAUUCUUACUGGAUGCUAACAUUACUUAUAUGAAUGCUUUGGUUAUGUCAUGAGUAUUUAAGAAAAUGAAUUGUUGCAUAGUACAACUUUACAAGGACAAAUAAUACAUUUCUAUUUAUAAAAGGGAGAAAAUACUAAAUCAAAAUAUAAAAUUUUGAGCAAAGCACAAAAUGGUAUAAGAGGUUUGUUGAUCAAAGUGUACAGCAAUACCUAACAUAUUGUAAAGUGUUAUAGCAACAAUAUUAAUAAUUUAUAGCAAAGUUUCAUUUUGAUUAUUAAUGUAAUUAUUGUCUUUAUUCUGUGUCAACAUUCAACCACUCUUCAGUGACACGGACAGUCGUACAUAAUACAUUGGCUCCUAAUAUGUGGUAAUUAUUGUUUUUUAAUAUAGUUAAAUUAAUUUUGUUACCUUAAUUUUUUACAUAAUUAUUCUUUUCUCUUUUAGGUCAUCUACCUAAAAGUCACUGCUCAAUUAUGGGAAUUUACAAAUACGCUUCUAAGUGAAAUGCUUGAUCAUCUAUGGCUACCUACAAGGGCACUCUACAAGGCAAUAGCUUGAUGUCUAUGAAAAGAACGCAUAGCCACUUAUAAAGCAUGAGCAGACAAUGGAAAAGAAAUGAUUGCCAAUUAGUUUCUGGAACAGAAAAACUAGCUUUUUGUAUGGUUGUUUGUUUGGUAAAUUCACGCAAUGUUUCCGUGAAGUGACCAUUUGGCCGUGAAUAACUGAUAACACAAAGGAAGUGAAAACUAUAGAAUUUUCUCCACUUUCAAUAUUCAAGAGUUGAACAAUGGUGUGGGAAAUGUCCCUCAGACUAAACUUGUUGCUUGGGCUAGCCACUGCUGCACUCGUACACAGUACACAGAAAAAAGUAGACUGUCCUCAGUUAUGUGCAUGUGAAAUCAGGCCCUGGUUUACACCAAGAUCCAUUUAUAUUGAGGCUCUUACGGUGGACUGCAAUGCGUUAGAGCUUUAUGACAUCCCCGCAAAGUUACCUGUAAAUACACAAGUCUUACUUUUACAAUCCAACAACAUUGAAGAAAUAAAGAACACAGACAACUUCCCUGUAAAUCUCACUGGACUGGAUUUAUCACAAAAUAAUUUAUCCACAAUGGUCAAUGUCAAUUUCACCAAUGCACAUCAGAUACUUUCAUUAUACAUGGAAGAAAAUAAGAUUGUUGAAUUGACAGACGAAUGUUUUUUUGGACUGAAAAAUUUGCAAGAACUAUAUAUUAAUCAUAAUUUGAUAUCUACAAUUUCACCAAAAGCUUUUGCAGGGGUGGGCAAUCUUCUCAGGCUUCAUCUUAAUUCAAAUGAACUGGAAGUGAUCAAUAACAAAUGGUUUGACUUUAUGCCAUAUUUGGAGAUCCUCAUGAUUGGGGAAAAUCCGAUAAUGAAAAUUGAAGAUUGGAACUUUAGGCCACUUAUCAAUCUGCGCAGCCUAGUUUUAGCAGGGAUAAAUAUUACACAAAUACCUGAUAAUGCUUUUGAAGGCCUUGAAAAUUUAGAAAGCCUUUCUUUUUAUGACAACAGAUUAAUUGAAGUUCCCGCUGUUGCUCUUCAGAAGGUUCUGAACCUCAAAUUUUUGGAUCUUAAUAAAAAUCCUAUUAGGCUUAUACAAAGAGGGGAUUUUAGCAAUAUGUUACACUUGAAAGAGCUGGGAAUUAAUAACAUGCCUGAACUAGUUUCAAUAGAUAGUCUUGCUAUUGAAAAUCUGCCAGAUCUAAGAAAAAUAGAAGCCACAAAUAACCCUAAGCUGGCAUACAUUCAUCCCAAUGCAUUCUAUAGACUUCCCAAACUGGAGACCCUCAUGCUCAACAGCAACUCUCUGAAUGCUCUGUAUCGGAGUACAGUUGACUCUUUGCCUAACCUUAAGGAAAUAAGCAUUCACAGCAACCCCAUCAGGUGUGACUGUGUUAUUCGCUGGAUCAAUAUGAAUAAAACCAAUAUUCGCUUUAUGGAACCUGAUUCAUUGUUUUGUGUUGAUCCGCCUGAACUUCAAGGACAGAAUGUCCGGCAAAUUCACUUUAGGGAAAUGAUGGAGAUAUGUCUUCCAUUGAUUGCACCACAGAGUUUUCCAUCUGAUAUGGAUUUAAAAACGGGCAAUUCAGUCUCAUUGCACUGCAGGGCAACAGCAGAACCAGAACCAGAAAUCUACUGGAUCACACCAUCAGGUAUCAAACUUCUACCCAACCUUGUCUCUAGUAUUUAUGAUAUCCACUCUGAAGGAACCUUGGAAAUUAAACAUAUAACUGUUUCACAAGCUGGACUUUAUACUUGUGUGGCAAAGAACUUGGUUGGCGCUGAUUUGAAAACUAUUAUGCUCACUGUGGAUGGAUCCUUUCCUGGGGAUGUCAACGGAUCAAUGGAAAUAAAUAUCAAAGAAGUACAAAGUAACUCUGUCAUGCUUUCCUGGCAAACAGAAUCAAAGAUCCUCAAAUCCAGUGUGCGAUGGACAACUUUCCUGAACACUGAAUUUAGCAGAAUAGCCCACAUCGUUCGGAUGCCAUCGGAUAUCAAACAAUACAACUUCACACGUCUCAGUCCAUCAACAGAAUACAAAAUUUGUAUAGAUGCACCUAACAUCUUCCAACACAUAGAAAAGCAAUGUAUUAAUGUCACCACAAAAGGGAUUGAAAAAAUGUUGAAGCAAAAUGAAAAUAUCAAUACAACAGCUUUGAUUAUAAUUCUUGGGGGCCUUUUUGGAAUUAUCUCUGUGGCCUUCUUUUUCAACUACACAUCUUUAUACUUGAGACGUGAUUUAGACAGAAAGUGUACUGGGAAUAGUAUACAGACACCAGCAUUUGCUUACAGUGACCUGUAUCUAUUAAGCCUUUGGAAUUCAGACAAAGAAAGCACAGUUCUUGAAGUGAAAUCCACUGUUCUUAAAGUACCAACUAACAUACCGUAAAAACAUCAUGCUGACAGAGCUUAAUUUAUGGAAUACAAACAAGCACAAUAUUCUAGUUGUGCUCCUUUAGCAGGAAGACUGGCAGAAAAAUUUUGUUUUUUGUUUUUUUAACUGUGACAUUGCUGUCCUAAAAGAUAACUCUACAUGGGAUUGGUUUAAAAGUAGAGCUAACUGGCUAUAUGUAGUAAUAAUACCAAACAUGGAGAGAAUAAUACGAGAGGAAAAAUGUAUAAAGAGAAAAAAAAACUUCUUUUGUUGACUACAGUAUGAAGAUAUAGCAUUGUUUUAUGCAUUUGUUUUGUUUUUUUGUUUCUUUUUUUAAAAAAUAAUACAGUAGAUGAACUGAGCAGCAAUACCUCCUCCUGUGACGUAUUACACAUUUUAGCCAAGAGUUUUUGAAGUGAUGAGAUAAACUAGAUUUGACAUAUGAUGUUAUAAAAUUGACAUUUCUGUAGAGUAGUAGAGCCAAUAAAUAUGUAAAUCUUUUUUUAUGCAGAAAAAUACAUUUUUGAUUAAAAUAAAAAUUUACUUGUUCAAAGGCUGUUUUUUUGAUGAGAAACGGACAUACAAAACACUUGUUAAAAUAAUGGAAAGAUAAUAUGAUAAUUACAUAAAGAAAAUGCAUUUAUCCUUAAUUGUUUUAGCAUUUAGAAAUAAGUCAAAUUAUUGAAGUCAAACCAAUAAAGAAGAUAUUUGAGAUACAUGCAGACUAGAAUCACAAGGGCAUGCAGACUAGAAUCACAAGGAAGUCCAGAUAUGUCUGCUGGUAUUUGCAAGAUACACACUUAUUAACCUCUGAAAGACCAAUCAUUUAGUUUGACAUCAAUACAAUAUUACCUUAUGUCAGUUUGCAAUGUCCUGCUUGUCUUGCACCAGAAGCUCCAUACACCACUCAUGUUACUAAAUGACUUGGGUAUUCCAUUUUAGAAUAGGAUAUGUAAAGACCAGUCAGUAAUAACAGCAUAAAUUACAUUGGUCCUUAAAUGAAUAAUACAGUAAGGGCUAUUCAAUAAACACCAAUUUGUAGGUGUUUAAAGGCAGAUUAUACAAAAGUGUGUAUCUGAAUGUGUGCACCUAUUAAUGUGUGUAUAAAUGUGUGGGGAUGUAUGUGUGUGGGUGUCUCUGAGCAUGUAUCUUUGUACCUUGGAAUGUUUCUGCCUGCACUUGUGCUUGUGUGUGAGUGUGUGAGAGGUUUAACCCUUUAAAGUUUGAGUGGAUGUGUGUAUAUGUGUGGUAUUUUCCCUUCAAAUACUAGAGUUUGCAAAAUACUGUGUUUUUGUAUAGUUCUGAAAAUUCCAAGUUAUAACAAAUGUGCCCACAAAAAAUAAUUGCUGUAUUUUAACAUGAACUGGUUUGUUAAAGCUCUAUCCAAAACAUUGUCAUUUUUUUUUUAAAGGCCAAAGAAGUUAAUAUGGUACAUUUUCCGUUCAAACAUUCAGAUUAAAAUAUCAAGAUAUGUACACCACAUGCACUACACUUAUUGGUAGUCCAAUAUGUGUGGUGUAUACUGAC